CACAGCGGAGCACGCUGCUCUUGCUUUGUGAGCGGAGGCAGCUGAAGACGGAUCGUCUGGGUUCAGUUUCAUCGUGGACAAAUGUCAUGCCUUUGAAGUGUUUUUGAUCCGUGGACAACAAAGAGACUUUCAGCCUGAGAGCAGCAACAGGUAACUCUGUCAUUUCUGCCUCAGUUGCACUUUAUCUACAUUGUUUACCACCUGCAUGACGAAAUAAACCUGUAUCUAAUGCACUACUCGACAAGUAAUGCCCAGCAUUUAUCACUUUCACCUCAUGUGGUUGUGUCAUUGUGUUGGACUCACUAUCAGCUAAACUAGCUCAUCAAUACUACAAGCACAGUUAGCUUACCGUCGGCGUGCAGGUGUGCUGCAGCGUCAGACAGGUGAGGGAGGUUCAAUUAUCCGCCAAAUGCUCUUCAACUACAGCACCAAUUGUACAGAUUUUUCUUCAGCUGCCUCACCCAUCAUUCAUACACACUUAAUUCCCCCCAAAUCAAUACAAAAAGCAGCCUUCAGUUAAGAAAAUCCACAUACUCUGAAGUGAGGAUCUUACCUUCUGUUUACCAUGUGCUGUCUGUCUGUCUGUCUCUUGGUUUGGAGAACCUUAAAUGAUCGAGUUUGCAUCAGUUUCUUCCAUACGUUUUAAAUGGAUCAAUAAUUAUCUAAACAAGACCACAUCUUCUGGAGCAGCCCUUCUUUUUCAUGCACACCUCACAUGUGGAGUCUAGCUGGGACUUUGACCUUUCUCUAUCUUGUUGUGGUAAGAACAUCAUAAAGUGCUGCUGCUGCAUGCAUACUUGUUGUGAAAUAUAUAAAGAGGCAAAUAAUGUGGUCAAGUUGAAGACUAUGACUUUGUAUUUAUAUAUUGUGUUUGUACAUGAUCAAACUAGGCUGCUGUCUCUCUCUUUUUGCCCUUAUAUUAAGAUCAUGACUUGUGUUUUAGCUGUGUUUUAAUCAUAUGCACCAUAAAUAUGUGUAUAUUCCUACACAUAACAUGUAUUUAAAAUGUUUUGUUGUUGAAACCGAGUAGUGCUGUCAAGAAUGAAGUAAGAAGAUCUAAAAUGUGAAGUAGUUAUUCUGGUCCAUCCUCAGUUUAUACGACUUACUUGUGUAUCUUUUCAUUAUGACAUUAUAGCUCUGCUGCAUCUUUCUGUGGAUGCAUGGAGGGUCAGCUGUUCUCUUAGUCCUUCCAUCAAGACAGAUCAUUUGUGAUUAACUUCUCCUGUGGAGAACAGCAUUGAGUCUAAGCCCAGGAAUACCACUGCGCUCUGAACACAUUGUUGUGUUACACCACAUCUGUAUUUCCCACCAUAUAAAUGUUAUUUUUCACUAUACCCUGGACAAGUACCUUAUGAGGUUACAACAGCUGGGAAAUACACAUAAUACCUAAUUUUUCUGCAGUUUGUUAAACCCCAAAUGUGAUUCUAAGACAUGACCGGUGCAGAUAUAACUGAUACUACUGCUAAAUCAGGAUUCAUACAGGUUAAGCAUCAAUAUCAUCCAGACUGUGAGGCCAUGGAUGCCCAUAAAAUGUAUCUUAGCGUAAGACUCCAGUAUCUUUCACUAUCUUUGCUGUCUGUUUUUGACUUCGAAAUGGAAAUGUAGGCCUUUCAACAAACCAGUUUUCAUCUUCACUGUAAUAAAGAAAUUUGUAUUUAAGAUCUAUACAUUAACAGUUUACACAACUGUAAAAUGCAUGACCUUUAUUUUAACACAGGAAAUGUUUGUCAUGCUUCUCUUCUCUUCUCUUGUUUAAGAAAUGGCGCUAAAUUGACCAUCUCAACCCAGACGUAUCCCUCCACAAGCAAGUGAGGAAUGACCUUCUGAUGACCUUUACCUAAAAGCAAGUAAGGCCACUUCCUCUGACUUAUUAUAUCCCUGUGAUUGACUUAAAAUAAGUCUCAAUUGGCAAAGUGAGAGCUUACUGUUAUAAUUAUUAACCCGCUGACUCUAGUUAUUCCUCUGAAAAACAGGCUCUUGACCCAGCAAUCUGCUUUUAUGACUGCCCUUUUAAAUAGAGUGAUUUAAAUCAUGUGGGAAGUAGUACUGGAUGAAAAACUUAACACACUUUGGAUACAGUGACUGUUUUCAACCCAGACUAGUUUUGAUUUAAGAUACCUCAAAUGAAUUAAACAAACGAGGUUGUAUCUUCUUCAAAUACUGGAUCAUUGUGCUUUUAUUCUUCAUUUACUUCUUUAUACAUAUUAAAAUAUCUUUGAUGGCAAAGUCAAUCCUAAUUGAGUAAUAUUGAGAAAUAUUGCCUCAAUAUUAAAUCAUGCCUCCUGAAGGCCUCCUGGGUGCAGCAGGGCUAAUUACUGAGGAUAUAUUUCUGCGGCUCAGUCUGCUGCACUGCUUCUGUCAUAAUCAAUGAGCCUUGUAACACUCAAUUAGAAACUAAUUGGAUUUGUGUGGGUUCGAGGUGGAAAAACAUGUACAUUUGAGUGGACAUGAAAGAACUGCUUAUCUGUGUCGACAGCUGUGAUGAAGUUGAAUUGAGUCAGCCAAUUGUAAAUUUCAGAAAAAUUCAGCCGGUGUUAGCAUAUUCCAGCAUAACACACACACACACACACACACGCACACACACACACACACACACACACCGAGCAGCUGCUGAUUUGGCUUCAUAAAAACAGAUUGGAUUCAUAUUAUUAUGUUGUUUAACAAUGCAGUUUGGCUCACGGCCCAUGCUAAAAUAUAACAGUUUUUUAAGUUCAAAUGUGCUGUUUACUUUUUACACACAAGCUGUGAUACCUAAAAACCCAACUAUAGACCUAUAGAUUCUUGUGUGUAUGUGAACAUGCUCAGUGCAAACUGUCGGAGUGAUACUGAUGUGCUGUGAACUUUUCUGGAUCUGUAUUGACAGGAGACUACUGUAGCUUUGUUUAUUAUUAAAACAUUAAUAAAAACAUUUGGUGUGUGGUGUGCGGUAAGAUUUUGGUUUCACUGAGACAGUUGGAGGCUGUCAAAACUUCAAGCCAGUUAGCCGAUCUUGCUUAUAUAUAAAGUCAAACGGACAACAGAUGUUUCCUUUUUCACAGAUCUUAAAGUCAUCGGCAUCAUCUGUCAGCUUUUCUUGAUCGUAGCUCAAACUUCGGUGUGCAGUCCUGUAUGUCACCCUGUGUUUGGUGGACCUGAGUAACAGAGUCGAGUGAGUCAGCACAUGAUUCUUAAACCAUAGAUGGGAUUUGGGCUUUAUAACCCAUAGUUACCCAACCCAAUAUGUUUUGAUAUGAAAUACACCUCUAUUACCCAUGCAAUGCACGUGGCUCAUACAUCACACUGUAUACAUUGUGCUGCUGUAUGUGUGCACACACUGUGAGUGCGUAUAGAUUCAUGUGGAUCCUGUGGAGUUAUUCUCUGCUUUGUAUUUUUCCUUCCUCUUGUUUUACACCUGCAGCUGGACAGGAUCCAGAAAAAAAUUCCCCAUGGGGAGGAUAAAGUACAGCUUAUCUAAAACAAGACGAAUGUAUGUGAAUCUAUCAAGACAGAAACAUACAUAAUAAAUGUAGACUUCUAUUGUUCAUAAGUAACUUGGUUUUUACAAAGCAAGCCUUCCCUUCACAGUAAACACUGGUUUAUUUUGAUUGCUUAGCUAAAGUGUGUUGUUGUUUCGAUUGAUUUUAACAGAGGCAAUAAGUUUGAUUAAAUCUAAGGAGCUUAUCCAGAACCAUUUCUGGCCCUAUGAUGGAUUUUAAUAAUCUACCUCUUUAUAAGCUUCCAUAUUGCAACAUCUAUUGUAAUCCCACAUAAAGGACCUCCAGGGGGAAAAAAAUCAAUUUCAGUUGUACGGGUCGUUUAGGUUUUGAUAUAUCACUGUUAUUGUUGUAAGCUGGCAGUAAAAGAUUUAUUUCCCCGCUUAUGAGCGCCAAGGAUGGGAUGUUAUAUCUAAGGAGCCAGUGACAAGUACAAAUCUUCCUGAUAGUUAUUAAAGUGGUCGUGAUCACUUUGCCGCAGACGUGUCGGUGUGCAGAGCUCAGUCUGUCACAUUCCUGCUGCGAUGGCCCGAAGAGCGCCUUGAAUUUAUGGCAGUGAGGCAGGGUCGAGGCUGAGUUAUAAUAAUCCUCUUUAUAGAACGGUUUGGAGAACACCUUGGCGAACACACCAAACACACUUGAGAAUCAAAUUAAAUCACCAUCAUCUGUUUAUGUGAUGUUUAUACUUAUAUGCUGUACUGGAUAUAUGGACAUCAUAGCUUUGAAUAUUAGCAUUUAAAGAGACUUAACAGUUUAUUGGGUCUAACUUAUAUGUGGCUCUUUCAUAUAAGAAAUUAACUAAACCAGUUAAUAAUUCUCUGAUAGUAUUUCCAAAACUGGACAAUUAAAACCUGGUACCGGUUGGAUUUAUUGCUCCCCCUUUGUACUUGACUACAUACGAUUAUAUAAGUGUGUCUCAUAAAUGGUUGGCUAGGUCUCUGUAAACAUGUAUUGUGUUGUAGUGAGAUAAAAAAGGACGAGACAGAGUGUGUGAAGCUAACUAAAGGUGGCUCCUCACUGUUAUCAAUAUUGGUUUACUGCUCUUUUAUUUCAUAUAUAUGCUAUGUGUGGAUUUGUGUGUGUGUGUGUGCUGAUGUCUCUUUUAGUCGGGAUGUUGUUUGUGUCAGCAUGAUAGAUGAUGUCCUUGCCAUGGCCUCUACUUCGUCAUUUCAUGUGCACGCGUGCAGAGUGUUGUUUGGGUGGUCUGUGUGAGCAUAAAAUUCAAAGCUUCAGUGAUGUGGGUCAGAAGUGCACAGUGGAUUAUUGGUUUGUUGUUGAAUCUCAGAUGUGGUCUUAUCUGCUAACCUGUGAAAUUUGAGCCUGAAAAGUUCAUCUGUAUUGAUAUAUUUGACCUUUAUUUUUUCCUGGAAUCAGAAUUACUUGUUUUUGUUUUUCAGUUUGCUCUCUAUGAAAGAUAUUUAAUCACUUGGGUGUGAGGGAUAUGUCAAACUAGGCUUGGCUUUUACACACGGCCUUUUAAAUCAGCAAAACACAACAAAUGUCUCAUAUUAGAAAAGGAAAAUGAAAGCCGCUGUCAUCCAUUAGCAUGAAAUGAUCCACACACACUAUUUAUCCCCCAAGACGUGCCAUGAAUAUUGAUCUCCCCCACAAAGCAACAUGUCCUGUCUCACUCCGAUGGAGGAUUUGCAUUUCUCACAUCUCAUGAGUUUUUAAUUAUGAAAUGAAAUUUCACCCCAGCAUGCCUCACAUAAUUGCUGUCAUAAUGGGAGAUUUGCCAAACUGUCCCAAAAGAGCCAAUUGAGGGCAGAAAAUACUGAUUUGUGUUUAGGAUGUGGCUUUCUAAACACACAAGAUUUGUACCUCACAAAUGUGUUUGUGUGUUUCUGUACAGAGAUGUAUUAUCCUAGUCUGUUUUUGUGUCUAUAACAUGGGUUUGUCACAUAGCUUGAAACAAUGCAGCCAUUUUUAAGCGUUAACUAUGCAAUGAUCGCUACUGUGUUUACACGUUUACUUCAAACUUGAUUUUUAAAAAAAGCUGAGUAUUAAAAAUUAAAUGUAUCUCCCAUUGCUGGAAUAAAAGCUUAAUUGAUUUUUCUUUGGGGGUUUGUAAAUCUCAUGUUUGUUUAUUCAGCAUGCCUUACAGCAAAGCACCAUCUGGGCCACACUGACCAGUUUUCAUAAGAGACGUUGCCUCCCGGUCUAAAAAGCGUUAGAUUUUUCUGAUGAAUAAUGUAUUCACGGUCUGAAACUGCAGACAUGUCUCUCUCUGUGUGUUUAGAGAUGCUUGAUUUUCACAGGUCUCUGCUGGAAUGAGGCUGAAUCAAGAGCUUGUCUCGCCUAUCAACAGCUGCGGGGAAUAUCCUGCUGUACAAGACAGGUGGAGGAGAAAUUUACUGGACUGAAGGAUUUUUAUAUGAGGCUGAAAGCAGCUUAAUGUUGAGUCUAUGUACACCCACAUUUUGGCCACACAGGUGAAGCUAAUACCUUGAUUUAUUCUCAGUUUUGUAAAUAUAAUGAGAAGUAUCGAGUUUAAGUUAACAUAACAAAAAGAUGGUUGAUAUUAUGAAACGAGAGUAGAGUAUUCACCAUGCACUAGUUUGCGAUAAAUCCUGUAUUAAGAAGAUGAUAGUUCAUUUAUGUCAGGGAUACGUUCAGUUGCUUUUUUCCAGUUUAGAGGCCCCAGUUGUUUUGUGAUUUGACAGAGUGGAUAUCAAAUUAUUUUAAGAUAUUAUGUCUGUUUAAAGUUGGAGCUUCUGAAGCUAACUUGGUGAGAUUUCAUUGUUCCCACAAUCAGGAUUAGACAAAUAUGUUUGAGCAAAAUUGUUUCAAUAUUCAGGAUCAAAUUUUCUUCCUCUGGGCACAAAAUGAAUCCGAUCGGUUGUCCUUUCAUAACAAAAAGGAUCAGAGCGAAUCAGAGAUGGUUUCUUAUCAGCCGAAGAGUUUGUUCUCCCUGCUUUAUGUCAGCGGAAGGAUUUUGACCAGAGUCAUAAAACGUUUCUAUUUUAAGGUGUGUUACUUAAGCUGAGAUAAAUACUCAUAUACUCUUGAAAACAAGAUAAGGGAGUGUUACACUUUGAUGCAGCAGCAGAUAAAACAUGCUCACCUGCAGUCUGUUUUAUAACCGCCUUACAGACUUUCUGCUCAGUUUCAUAAGACUACACUGAUUUCCAGAGUUACUUAAACCUAUCAGGUCGUUCUUGUGUGUGUUAAUGGACUGCUGUGAUUGCUUUGAAGACCUGAAAGUGGUCAGCAAGACGAUUUGUAAAAGUCGGUUCAGUGCAAAUGGCCAGGCGAGCGUGAAUCUGGGUGUCCUCUGAAGCUGAUGAAAAUACCACUGAGACUGCGGAGCCGUCACACCACACAGGUCUCCUGCAAAGAUCACUCACACCAGACUCCAUUAGCAAAAGGCUGCCCUCCACAUGUCACCGCCUGAACAAAGACGCUCGUAUUCAUCCGACACUUGAGGUGGAAUGCUUAAAGUCAUAAAUAAGGAUUUCGUAAACACGGUCUGACACUAGAAAAGACUUGUGUGAUUUUUAGAAAAAUAUCCUACGUUGUGAAACACCUACACUGACGUAUUCAUGUUAUACUCAUUAGGAGUGUUUGACUUCAAACAAACCGAUGAUCAAAUGACUUUCUUGUUGAUGUGACAUGUUUGGGAGUCAGGUGAUUUUUUAAGACGGGAGUUAAUUCUCACAGUGACAUUUGUGUCUCCUGUGUUUUUACUGUGGUUUGGUUUGUAGACUAAGUUGGAUGGAUAUAGACGACGUGUUGCACUAAUUUAAAAUUUAUACCUUUUGGGGACAUCUGCUCAGCGUUAUGUUUCUGCAUUUGUGAUUAUAUUCCCCCUCUUGUAUUAGCAGUAUUGGUUUUGGUGUACACCUGCUGUCACACUGACAUCAUGGUAUUGAUUUCCUGGAAGGCCUGGCAUGGAGGACUGAGUCAUCUUUCCCGGAGAGGUUUGACGUGGACGAUAAACUAGUGAGGAAACCCCCUUCGGGCAUAAAUCAUGUCGAUAUUUUCCCCUCCUUUUUUAUUCUGUAUUGUUACACCGAAGAUGAUUCUUGACACCAUUUCCAUAAUAUUAAAGAGUGUACUUUUAUCUCCAUAGGCUGCUCACAGUGUGAUUGGAUCAUAAAUCCGCCUCUCUGAGCUGGGAGUAUCAAGCAGCUUCUCUUUCACGUGACCUAGACCUUAAUUAGUAAGGCAACAGAUUGUCAUUUGCAUGUAUGUGCCCUGGUGAGUAGGUGGGAGGUGGCUUACAGAUGGGGGAGGAUAGUGGCUCUUCAGGGCCAGUUAGCUCAACAGACCCUGAGGUAGGUACAGUCUUCUCAGAGGUGUUAUUGUUGCUACUUAUUAAAGUGGGUUUAUUUUUAAUAAUUCACCUGUAUAAAUGAAUGCGAGCAGUUUUAUUUUUGAAUUAAAGGAAUAGGUCGUGUAAAAUUUAACUUAAGAACCUAAAAAUGUCGUGGUUCAUUAUAGUUAAACUAGUAUAACCAUUUUUCAGACUCAUUAUGAAUACAGCCCUUUAAUUUUACCCUGUUCAUCGUCACUGCGCCUUUCGAUAAGCACUCCAGCUAAGCAAACUCUUCAAGGCGCCAUUAUUUUUCAAAGUAUACUCUGAUCCCGACAAAAGACCCCCGUCUUACCUGCUGUGAGUUUGUUCCUUUGGAGAACAGAGCUGCGCAGUGCUGUGAGGCUCCUUUUAUGAAGCAGGCAGCAACAUUAAGACGCGACAUGCCUUUGGCUGUUUGCUUUAAAGCAGAAAAAGCCUUCCUGUCACUUUGUUCUAACAUUAAUACAACAUUAAUCCUGUCGUGUAAGGUUGUGAUUUUGUUAGUUACAGUCACAUUGCUUGAGUAUACUGUUUGUGCGCAUGUGGUUUGAAAUCAAGACAAACAAAGACAAGAGUUUGUUAACAGGUUAUGAAUACUUUUAAGCUCACUUUCUCUUUUAAGUUAUUAGGAUGCAUAGUUUUCCUUUCAAUAAAAACAAAAAAUAACCUUACUACGUUAGAUGUCAGUGGCUGCAGUUUUUAGCCCUUAAUUAGCACAUCAUCUGCAUGGAAAGCAAACAUUAUUACAUGGUCUGUGUUGAAUUUGUAUUUGUAAUUCAUUAUCUUAAUCCUUUUUCAGGAUCGUUAUUAUGUAAAGGCUACAGGCCAUUUAAUAUCUCUCGUCAUCACUCUUGCUCUUGUUAUUAAGCUGCUAACUCUGCCUCAUGCAAAUGUUUUCUGCAGUGAUUUGCAUUUGGGUUGCUGACAUUGAUGAACACUCCAUCGCCUUCUGUCUGCACUUGUGUCUUUCCUUACACAUAUAAUCAUGUAACACAUACAGUAUAUUUCUCCAGAAGAAAAUGCUUCUUUACCUGGAGUCUGUAUUGACCAAUCCCUUAGAGUCUAAUUGAUUGACAGCUGGAAUCCCUGAAAGCCUCGGCUGAUAUGUUAUUGCUCUGGGUCAGAAAGAAGCGAACAGGAGUUAGCCUUUGCACAACCCUAUAUCUACUCCUAGCUCUUCUCUCUCUCUUUUCUCCUCUAUUUUUUUCCGACUGUCCACUAUCUUCCUGUUUCCUUAUAAAUUUCUCAACCUGCACUGAAUUAUUGACUAGUCUGGAGUCCUGUGAGACUGAGCAAGUAGCUGUUGUUGUCCAUCAGGUUCAGGUCUGUGCUUCUUCCUGGUAUCCCAAACCAAAAUGAAAACAUGGCUGGAUUUAUCCGUCUCAGACUAUGAGGAGGAAGAGGAAAAGAAAUGUUAGCUUUUCACUGACUGACACCUUUAAACAGCCGUACUCUGAACUAACAGGCAGAAAAUAGUGUAUGAAUACAUACAUAUUUAGUGUUUGAAUUGGACCGCAUAGGCGGCUGAAUAUAUGCUGCAUGGGCAUGUUUGAGUUUGAAGUUGUUGAAAUGCUUUUUUUGUUUUUUCUUCUUCAAGUUUUUACCUUUUACUUGUUUAAGUGCACUAAAUCAGAGGAGCAACUUCCAACAUAAUAAUGGAUGUACUGUACGUCAGUUAGGUGUAUUCGUGUCAUUGAUCUGUUGUAUGAUCACGCCUACAUUGAUGAAGUAGGUUAGGUAUAAUAUGUUUGUGUCGGGAUCAUGUGUGAAUGCUUUUCUAGAUACAGGUCAGUAUGAGAUAAUCUCUCUCUUCUUGGUAUGUAUUGAUCAGCUCAUUUCUGUGUCAGAAUUUGCACUUUGUUGAGGUCAAUCCAUUACAGGAUACAUAAUAUGUAGAUUAUCAGAGAGCCUUGCUGAUAAAUUACUGAGAAGUACAACACAAGUUUUUUUUUUUUUGUCAACAUUGGACUUACUGAGAAACUGUUAAAAUAUCAAAACACUAGUCCAUUUUUGAGACAUUCCUGCACAAACAUUCAAUCCUGUUAAUAGACUUGUUUUUUUUACCUAGUAACGCCCCAGUUUUAAGGUUUCUUAAUCUAAAACAAUGCUUUAACAGAAAAUGCAUAUCUUUUACAAAUCCUGUUCCAGAAAUCAGUACAAAACAAUGUAAAAAGGAAAUUAUCUAAAGAGAAAGAAAAUCCUCCUGAUGUUGAACUUACUUCUUGCCAAACUUAAUCAGUGGCGCUCAGAACUCUCAGACACUUUAUGUGAGUAAAAACACCAACUCUGCGAUUUUACAGAAUAUCCAACCCUAGUACAGGUACUAAAAUUCAGUAUAAAUAGCGAUUCUUCUCAUAAAUGAUCUCAUUUGUUUGUGUAGAUCAUAAAGAGGCAUCAUUUUAAGAUUGAGAAUAUUCCAGAGAAGGUCGGUAACUCCUCACAGUGCCUCAGACAUUAUCUGUAACAAAGGUCAGAAUUUACUGCCUAAUGACCACAUCAACAUGCAAACUCAUUAUUGAACCCAAAUCGACUGCUAAGGGUCUUCUUUGGUAAAAACAUUAGAGUCAUUACUUCUGUUUAACCAUUUCAUAGUUAGAAAAAUAGAUCAAAUGUUAGAGUACAUUUCAGUAUAGUUUCCAUGUCCAGUGGUUUUCUUUUAUUUUACACAGUACCCAGUUUGCAAAAUCUCCAAAAUAAACCCGGAAGUUAUUUUCGUCGUAGGCAUUAAUCAGUGUGAAGGUAGCUGAAAUUAAGUCAAAGUUCUACCUUAUUGUGUGAAAACAAGGCCAGAACACAUAGGUUUCCACGUAACAAGUAAAAUGUGCAAAUGCUUUGUGACAAAGUGUUGCGUGGUUAAAAAGUGUUAUCCUGUGUCAUUGUGAUAAAACCUCAUUUUAUUAUGUUGAUGCAAAUGCUAAUUCUCUUACACCUCAGCCUGACUUUGAGGAGACUCCACAUAUCAUAUUUUUUUAUUAGACAUUUGCUAACUCAAAUCUGCUGGAGCUCUUGGAUGUGUUUUUCAUUUUAUUUUUUAUUUUUAUCAUGACCAUUUAAACUCAACGUCUGUGCCUGGAAACCACUGAUGGUGCAGGGGAAUGUUGAUUCAUGCCGUGCUGGAGGAGACCUUGCUGCUGAAGAUGAAUGCUGCUCCAUUGUGCUUCAUUGUGCUGAACUAAUUAUUCCGGUGACAAGUGUGACAUCAGCCCAGCUUUGAACAGAGGCUUCAACAGUAUUGAGUGGCUCAAGGUCGCCAUCCGAUGUGACUUUUCAUUGGCUUGUAUCCUGGUUAUGAAAAGCCGCUGCUGCACGUACAGGGGCGUGUGUUGUGAAAUUACCUGUUGCUUAGGAACCAGAGUGACUUGAUGCAUGAGAGGCGGCUUUAGCGAGGUCUUUGAACACAGGAAUUCUUUGUAAUUAUGGAGUCAAAUUAAAUCUUUCAGAUAUAACACAGCUCAAAUUUCAAUGCAGACUAAAUAUCACAUCAAACUACUUUUGUGUUUCUUGCAAUGAUCUUGUUUUUCUAAUCGUACAUUAACACGGUUGUGAAUGAUAACGCUACAGUUCGUUUCUGCGGUGUUACUCAUUCACUCCUUCACAUAUUGUUUUUAUUGUUACCUCUAAUUGCAUUUCACAGCUGUCCAAAUGAGAUGUGUGAAAUCAUCCUCUUGAGGUCACCGCAGGAUGGAGAGGUGUUGCUAAAUGACGCCCACGUCUUUAGUGCUGGAACAAGUUGUCAUUGUCACCAUGGUGAUUAAUUAUCCCCUACUCAAUGACCGACAGUUCACAGCUAGCUUGUUUGAAAUUUGAAUAACGUGUUUGAUGAUUACAUAUAGUUUCAAAAAGAACAAAGUCUUCAUGCUGAUAUUUUUUUAGUGUUGUGUGGAAAAAAAAACAUAAAAUCAGUCUGUUGUAAAUGUCUAUAUCUAUGUUUCCAUGGCAACAUUUAAAAAGGGUUCUUGGUAUUUAAAAAAUCUUUUAAUUAGUGUAAUUAUGAGAUAGCCCACUUCAUUUAAAUGUCAGGGUUUAUUUGUUUCAUCACACUAUAUCUAACUAAAAUGAAAUAGAGUUCUGAAAUAGGCAAAACAUCUACAGUAACACAAAUAAUGACCUUUUGUGUUGCUGUAACAAAAGUAAGAAGACAACUAGGAAAUUAUACAGACAGACUUAUAUUGAAUUAUAUUGUGAUAACAUGUGUGAUUUUUAUAGAGUCUAGAGUCUAUGUAGUGCAAGUUAACAGUCGGUGGCUUUUAAAAGCAGCUAAUCAAUGCCUGUAAUUGCACAAAAGCAACAAAAAAGCCUGUCCUUGAUUAGUCGGUAACAUUGCAAGAGUGUAGAGCAAGAGCUAGCGUACCACCCUCUCUUCCUGAUUUGCACCCCCGCUGUGAAGGAAAGAGCCGGUCGAAUGGAGGCGGCAGACACGGUCGCCAUCAGUGGGGGCAGCAUCAGAGGAGCAGCAGCACUUCAAAUGGAAUGUGAGGUUUUCAAGGCAUACAGUCAUAAAUUUUUCAUCUGCAGUCGGCUUUGAGGCGGGAGAGGGGGCAGGCCAGCCAGGCUUCUGACAACAAACCCCGAGCUUUCAGAGACAAAAGGCAUACGGGGGAAGGGCACUUGAAAUGAGAAACAACAAAAUUCCUUUGUUUACAACAGAUGAACAAAGCGCUGUGAACAAAGUCAAUGUUUAGAGGCUGGAGAUGGAAAAUCAACUAAGUGGAAAAUAUCACAGCAGCAAUGCAAAAUAUCACUGUAGAGCAACAAUUGUGAGUACUGCACAUCUAAAAAAGAUGGCUGCCACAACAACAAAGAUUAAAGGCGUCAUCGACCACAGGACGCAGUUUGUUCUGCAAUUUUCUUUUCUUAUGUUUUGUUGGUCGAAAACACUGAACUGUUUUUCCUAUAAAAAAAUAUGUUACAAUCUUUUGCUUGAAAAUUUGCUUCAUUGACUGCUGUCAGAUAAAAACCCAGGAUCACUUUAUAGGGUGGACUUUUUAAUUUGACAAAUUCAAGCUCAAAAGUUUUCCCCACUCCUUCUCCCAGCAUCUUAACCUUUUCCACUGUCAUUAUAAAAGGUAUAAAAAAAAAGCCCCAAAAACAAACUCGACAAAAAAGUUUAAAUGUAUUAGGAACAGUUUUGGCGCCCCCUAUAGACAUACCUACAUUGUAAGACUCUGUAUUGAAUCAUUUUCUUAUUUUUGUUUUCACUGAGUAUAUACAUCAGGGGCGUGAUGAUAUACAAUUGAUAUGAUAUGAUGACAUUAUAGUUUGUAAAAGAGGAAGUGUACUGAUUGAAAUACAAAAUUCAUGCAUGUCUUUUAAUAAUAAGAGUAGUUAAGUGACGUUUACAUCUCAUCUUAAACGGCUUUUACCAAAUAUGGAAAGAUGGACUGAACAUGAACUAUGAGUAAAUGUGUAUUUUUAGCAGCCUCCGUUUCUGUAGCAGAUGUCUCAUUAGUAUGCUGUUAAUAUUGGAUGGGCACUCUAAGGGGCAUGUUGUUCAAAUAUAGCUCACUAUUGCUUUCAAAGAUCAGAAAUAAAACUAUCUUUUACCUUACUCACGCAAAACCAUCCCGGGCUGUUUUUUGAGAAGUUACUAGCCGCUCUUUCCUGUAUGGUGAAUCAGAAAUAUGAACCAGCACUGUGGGAAAUGCAUCCUACCCAUAAACCACUGUCCUUCUUUCAACAAGCAGACAGUGGGGCUUUGCAGAGCGCCUGCAAAUUUAAUGACUGAUUUUCCCGGCACUACCGGGUCCUUUGGGUACAGAGUCUGUCUGGAUGCUAAUGCAGCCUGACAUCUCCAUCCCUGUUUAAACAAGCCCUGUUAUCCUGAGUGGGCCACGGCAACAGCAAAUUAAAGGCAACUUUAUUACAAAGCUUUAUCUGGACACUACUGCUCUACUUUUCAGAUCCUGGCCCGCUUCCGUUUGAUCCUGAAAGUAUUAUGUGGGCAGUCUGUGGAAGAUGAGACUACUAUGCGGCUUUCAACACAAAAUACUAAAUUGAUUUUUAACUGUCAUUUAAUGUUUAAUUUUGUUUUCAUGUAUUCAGUGUCUUGAUGCUGCAGAGAAUUUAACUUGUCAAGUACAAUUAAAACUGGUUUGAUAUGUCAUUUAAAAUUUAUCUGCAUAAUUUUAGCAAACACGUCAUUUUCUCAACCAAGAGCGGUGAGACAAGCUCAGCGGAUUUUACAGUAAACUCAGUGCAGUCACACAUGCAUUUUGCUCAGCACCCCUCUGUUUAACAAAGUAGCUCUUUAUGGAGGUUUCUGUUUUCUAUGACAUGAUAAAAAGUAAAUUUGAUGGUUAAGUCAACUCCUUUUAUUAUGUCUAAAAGUGUAUUUCAGGCUUAACUUGUUUAGAAUUUAAAAUAUGCAACCCAACAAGUUUUUUUUUCCCUCAACAUAUUUUCUUGAACAUAACUAGAGACAGUUAUUCCAACAGUGUGUUGUAGUCAUGGAGGAGUUGGUGCACUAUUCUUGCUGACACAUUGUCUUCCUGGAAGUCAAGGCUAUCCACAGACGCAUCCUCAGGUCAUCACAGGACACAUAAAUCACAGUUUCCAAGAAAAAUACCAAAUUAGUUUUUUCCAACCUCAGGACAGUUUUCCACUUAAAACAUUAUCAGGGCCAGGAAGGUCACAGGGGUCGUGUUUGAUACACGAUAUCCUCUAUACAUGGUGGAGUUUUCGCCUGAAUUUGUGGAACUAGUGACAAACUUUGUUCACAGACUUAUUUUUUCAGGAGCCGGUUUUUGGUCUAUGCAGUGAUGUCUGCAGUUAUGUCGGUUUUUAUUGUAGCAUCAUCUGUAUAUUUUUUUAUAUGCUAUUCCUGCCAGUUAAAAAAAAAUACUGCAAAAUUUGACCGUCUCUGUUUAAUUUUUGUGAGUCCAGAAAAAAAAAAAAAAGCUCUGGGUAUAUUUUGGAUCAUAUUUCACACAAACUGGUCUGUUGAUGUUGUUGUUUCCAACCACUUGCAUAGGAACAAUAACUAUAUACCAGUUAAGAAAUGCAGCUAGCCAGAACUGUUGCGCCGUAGGAAUAAGCAAAUCACUGCUGACAGAUUUUCGUAAAUGUGUCCUCACCUCACCUCUCAGUCUCUGACCUAAAGGCGAAACCUACACCUGUGUUGAUUACUUUCAUGAGGAUAUUUAGGUCAACAUCCGUUCAGCUUGGUUGGUGGCUUUCCAACCUAGCUGGUGAAAAUAUGUCUGUACAUGAUGGUAGAAUCUGGAUGAAGCUAUGCAUUUGUUCAUGAGAUUAAGGGUAGUUUGGUGUCACAAGGGCGGUCAGGCCUCGAGCUGAAUGAAUGGAAGCAGGUGGCACGUUUCUUACAUCCUCGCUAAGAGGGAUUAGGCCUCUGAAGGGAGAGGGAGCAUAUUUGAUCAGCCUGUUCAAAGGUAUGGGAGGUUGGAGGCCUGGUCAUGAGUUUCUCCUGGCAUUUUGAGCCGGACUUCUGAUUCCUGCAGAAGUGUGUGUGUGUUUUGUAACAUCUGAUGAAAGACAACGGUGUGAUUUCAGCUGAGGGGGCGCCUGGAAUGUAAAAAAGCUGAUCAUGUUUGCUCUGAGUAUGGGGAUGAUUUGUUAUGUAGCAAAUCCAUGAUGUAAGCAAGUGAGUCAAUUUUUAAAUCAGCAGCUUACAUUUGGUCUCUGCAGUGAGACGUAAAAGUUAUUCUUUUAGUAUUCUUAGCUUUACUGCAUUGUAUGACAGUCCUAUAGAGGGAAUGAGAUCUUAUUUUAGAAAAUAUUGUCACAAUCAUGAUCUGGGUGGUGUUACAUACAUUUCAGAGAAAGUAUCAAAUAAUCUUUUUAGAGCAAAAAAAAAAAAGUUCUGUGAGUGUUUCUCCUCCAUAUUUUAUAUGUUUGCAUUUCUACAUUUGCAGGCAGAGUGGAGUGGAUGAGUCCCGUGGGUGGAGGGUUCAGGAUUUGGCCCGUUGCACCCACACAGCCUACACUCAGCCUCUCCCAAGAGGAGAGACUCUCAAUUGAGAUCCAGGCCUGCAGGGAGGCAGAGGAGCCAAAGAGUCCAUCACUAGCCGGUAGAUCAGGUAAUGUUGCGUGGGCUCCACUUCAAACUGCACAUUGUGGGAGACUAAAGAUCACAGAAUACAGAAUACGAUCUGUCUGGGACGACUUUAAAUACAGUGCCAAAGCUUGUUUUAUUCUUUGCUGGUCUUUUUUUCAUUUAGGGUUAUUCUGGGAGACAGUUUUCUAGUUAUUUCUCUUCAUUUAUGGAUUGUUUUUUUUUUUCUUAUCAUUUGAAUCCUGAAAGGAAGAGAUGAAGAUGUUGCAGCAAAGGAUUAAUUUUAGAAAUAUGCUUUAAAUUGUCCUUAAUGCAGAGCUAAGAAGAGGAGCAUUGAUUAUCGGCUUGCAUGCUGUUAAUACAGGAGGAUGUAACAACAGAAUAAACAUGUUGAAAUAGACAUCUGGAGAAAAAGGGAUAAAAUGUCUCUAAAGGAAGAGACAGACGAGCGACAUAAUCUCCUGUGUGCCUCUCAGGAAAUAUUGUGGAAAAUUUACAUCCGUGUAUUGUUCUGCCUUGACCUGUUCACCGGCCCAGAGAAAAAACCUCAAACGUUGAUGAUAAUUGUCGAGCAUGGGCGUGCUCAUUCCUGGAGUACGUUUUGUGCCUGUGAAGUGACAGAAUAAUUACACACGGGGUUGAAUGAGGCUCUCGACGAGUCUGUGAAAUGAUGGCUGUGGAUGCGGAGGGAAUACUGAUGGUCAGUGUUUCUGAAGCCUUCUCCCUUUGUUCAAGUCCCUGCUGUAUUUGCCUACGGCAGCCGCCUCCUCUCUGCAACGGAGCGAUUCCAUUGGAGGAGCGCAAAGUCAUGGGGUGGCGUUCAGGUCUGCGGCGUGACGGAUUCUAACUGUUGCUAAGGUGCUCAAUUGACCAUUGGAGGGCUUCAUUUGUCGUCCAUCUCCACCUGCUGAAUGCAUGGAGAUGGAAGGAAUGUGUCCGAAGUGUGAAAUCUCAGGAUUACUCAGAGGCCCAGACUGUCUGCACUAUCAUUUUGCUGUCUGGGGUUCUGGUGGCUUCAGGCAACAUUUGUUGACCCACACCGUGUUGGAUUUCUCUGUAUAUUGAACGUCUCUUUAAAUCGUCUGCCAAGUGAAAUUUGGCAAAGACUCUUGUUGUCUAUAGGCCUCCUUUCUAAAUAGAAGAGGAGAGAAAGGAUUCAGGUUCAGCCUGAGUUCAGAGCUCGUGAAGAAGGAGAGCUAUUUCAGCUCAGCAGACUGAGCUCAUCAGUGAGGAGUCAGAGGAGCUUCCUCUAAGCUCACUUAUCUCAUGUCUUCACUUAGAUACUGCGUGGGCUCCAUUUUAGUCUCUGAAUUGCUGUAUGUCUCAGGAUAUAGAAGAUUUGUUUUAUUUUUUACAUCCCUAUAUAUUGUUUUCUUGGAUGCCAUUUAAAACACAAUAAACAAGUCAAAUGCGUGACUCUUUCUUUAAAAUUAAUCUUCCCUUCGCUAUGAAAUCUCUAACUUCUGAUAUUUUUAACACCAUCCUGCUAAAAUUUUGAGAGUUAAUGAAGAACAACAGAUCUGAAGUACAAGAAAAACUGAAACAUACACAAUUUAAAUACAUAACUUUGUAUCCAGCACCAUACGUGGUGCUUCUUGUGGCUCGGAGCAAGAGCAUCAUCUCCCUCCUGCAAUAAAAUCCCACCACUCCCAGUUGGAGCUGAUCCAGGUGAGCUCGCCCAUCCACACAAAGACACAAACACUCCAAAGUCUCUUCAUGGAAAACAAAGUGGGGAAAAAAACAAACAUGUUCAGUUCAUGUCAGUGCAUUGUACUGAAGAUGGCACUUUUUUUCACACACACCACCUCUCACCUCUACCUGUCGUUAAAUCGGCAUAGCAGACCCCUGUUCUUCUAAAAUAAGCUCAGUCAAACGCCGUCAGCACCUCUCUCAUCCUGCCUCUCUGCUCCACUAACCCUCCUCCUGAUCCUCCAGUUUUAAAUUUAGGUUCACCUCAGACCACACACUAUCAUUAUGUCUGAGGACGGAAGGGAGAUGAGAGCCCCUGGCCCUGUCUGUGAUUCUGGGAGGGGGAGCUCAUCAUUGCAGCUGUGUGGAGCAGCGUGAGGCUGGGCUGCCUGGGACUGUUGGUAUUGAGCAGGGAGGAGCGCCCCGGGCACAAUCCAUCAAAAAGAAGCUGCCUGUACCGUGGGAAUAGACAUGAAUAAUCCAUGCUUUCUUUACCCUUUCCUGUAUUACUGUGCAUAUCCCAUUACAUUCACUGUUGCCUUUUCGUGAAAUAUCUAACCGCUGUAUUUGGAUUGAGCAGGAUUUUACGAUAUGUUGGCUUUAUCAUAUCUAUACAACAGAAAACAAGUACAAAAAGAAAAAAGCUUCACUAUACUGAAGGGAAAGUAAAAAGUCUUAAUCUUUGUCAUUUGGUUACUUGGACCAAAUCAAUAUCUAAUUUAGAUUACAUAUUGUCAAUAUUAUUUUAUUAUUAUUAUGAUAUCUCAUCGCUUUGACUAAAAUACACAUUAUGACUAACAGCAUGUUUUUUGUACAGUUCUAUCAGGACAGCAGAACUAAUCUGAGUCAAUAACAUUGCUCUGUAUACGACUUCCUAAACAUGUCAGUAAAUGUUUUCUUCUGCACAAUUGUAUGAACAAUUAUCAAUAUGCAUCUUUUGAAAGAAAUACAAAAUUCAAGGUUAACAAUAAUACAGAGCAGAGGAUUAAAAUCAUAUUUAUUUUGAAUUUAAAUCAUCUGGAGUUGUUCACUAAACCUAAUUUGUUUGUUAUUUAUUGUUUUUAUACAUGCUCAGAUAAACAAAAUACGCUGCAUGUGACUUUAUGUCAUAAAAAAAAAUCAUUUCUAUCCAGUCGAGCUUUCCAUGUGCAACAAACACAGCUUUUCAAAGUUCACAUGUAAGUUCUUCAUCUCUUUUGAUCAGGCAGUGUCUAGACUUGCACACAAAUCAACUCUAGGCAGUUUACUUUCUUUAACUUUCUUUUUCUGAUUUUUUUUAAUUAAACUUAAUUAGGGUUGCCAUGACACCUGAAUCCUGACCUUCAAUGAACCAGUAAAAAUCAAAUCAUAUCUAAACCAGUUUCAUUACCUUGGCAACAAAAAAAUGAGCUGGUUACCCGAAAUCGUUCAUGUGUUACGUUUGAUAUCCAACUUGCAUGCUGUACUGGUGUAGAAAAAGCUGCUGAAAACAUACCAACAUUUUACAUGUUAAGAGUAAUGAAUGGCAAAACUAGGUUGUUCCUAAACAUGUGAACAAAAUAUUUCUUCUGAAUUAUCAUUCAUAACACAGAGGAGGUGUGUUGUGGUGCGUGAGUCUGCAAAGAGUGAGCGUUUGGUCAGUGUUUUCUAAAUUCAUAUUAAUUUUGUCAUUUUAUGGUCAUCAGUUUUUGCACAGUGCUGUAAAGCUUGUGGUCAACGGUCCGCAGAUCAGGACUGAUAAACAUCCAGGGAUCAGGUGGCAUCGCUGCCUCUCUCUUCUGCUCUCAGUUUGUCUACAACGCACAUAAGUAUAACGUGUGUGUCUUUAUUCGAUGUUCAAAGGAUCUGAAAAGAUUGGCUGUGAAAAAGAGUUAGCAGUGUUGUGCCUGUAAUGGAGGGUGGAGCAGAGGGAAACACACAGGAAGCAAGAGGAAGAUUGUCUUCAGCAGCAAGUUCACAGAAUCCUUUAUAGCCUAAUUGCCUGGAAACAAUCAGAAAAUGACUUCUAAUUGUCCACUUUGGCUGCUUUAUGUACUUGGUGCCGUGUCUCUCUUCAUUUACUGUUGCCUCUAAUUCUCUCAGCUUCUCUUCUUGCGGCUUCAGCUCGAAAAUACUGUAGAUAAAAGUGUUAAUGAGCGUGGAGCUGUUUUUUUCUUUGUAAGCUUUAAUGCUUUAGGCACAGUCAAACACACAUAACUAAGAUUUUAUUGUUUUAAAGCAUGUAGGGUUGAAAAGUAUUAAAGUAUCAACAAUUCUAACUAGCGCCCAGAGUGGCACCAAGGGGCCCGAGCUGUGUCACGCUGCCACCUAUGUGGACCGCCUCCCCUUUUUGUUCAUCUUUGGGUCCAACCUAAGUCUUAUUGAUUCCAUAUGUCUGGGUCAUACAGGAGUAGGGCUUACGUUUUAAAAUUUCGUAACGUUUUAUAAUUUCGUAACGUUUUGUAAUUUCGCAACGUGUUGCAAAACAGGAUGCAGGACUGUUUUGCAAUGUGUUGCAACGUGUUGCAAAACAGGAUACAGGUCACGGCCUGAAAAGUCUUGUCACCCAUGGCGUUGCCAAAAUUUAACAGAAAAUUUGACAGAGCCGGCCAGAAAAAAGCAUGUUUUUCAUAGGAAGUCACAUUGGUGGCUAUCAGAAGUACACUUACGGGAAGAUAACUACUACUGACGUCAUCCCAUUGUGAAGGGAUUAUUCAGCUUCUGCUGUCCGUCUGAUUGGAAUAAACUGGAAUAAAUCUCGCAAGAGGCUGCCAACUGAUUCUGGCUUCUGGCUUCGUGGUUCAUUUUUGCACCUUUUGCAUCCAUAAAAUCUACCAUACAUGGAGCCAUUUUUAGUCGGGUCUUCAUUUUAACAUUGGAGCCCUUUUUGUUCGUCUUGGGGUCCAACAUAAGUGUCCUUGAUUUGGGUCACACACAGGAGCAGGGCUUACAUUGAAAAAUUUUGUAGGGGGCGCUAUAGAGACAUUUUUAGUUGGACCUCAAAUGGGGUCCAACAUAAGUGUCCUUGAUUCCAUAGGUCUGGGCCUCACACAGGACAGGAAAUUACAAUUUGAAACUUUGAGAGUCGAAAAGUAUUAAAGUAUCAACAAUUUUAACAACAUCAUUUAUUACAUAUAAUUAAAAAGACUGAGGGCAAAAACAGGAGAAAUCUUUUGCUGAUACAUCAGUUACACACUCUUCCUGUUAUCCUUUAUGGUGGUAAAGAUCAUACUGAUGCUUAUCAUACGUUGCUAGCUAAAUAUCGGUGUCCAGGCUGCAAUCCAAAUGCCUCAGCCUGGAAAUGGGGGGCUGCAGUGAUUACUCUGAGGUUAAAUCAGCCUGAAGCCAGCUGAAUGUGACGUGUGAAUUGAAGAACUCACUUUAUGGAUGAAUCGGGCUUUGGGGGGCUCUCUCUGGUUUGCAGUUUUUUUUUUUUUAUGAUAGUCGUAAACAUUGAUUUGUGCAGCCUUGUUAAUGGAGGACCCUCUUGAGGGCUCUGCGCCGUAAUCACUGUUUGUGGAGUCAUGUGGCUCUAGUUUAUUUCAGUGGUAUAGGUGCUAGUUUUACCAACCAUAAACACUACAUCUUGCACAGUGAAUUAUGCUACUGCUGCUGAGCAGAUUUUAUACCAUCAGGUUUGAUCAUACCUUAAUAGACUACUGCCCCACUGUGGCAGUAAUAUUGUUGUGCCCAAGUGCCACAUUACCCUCUUCUUCUGCUCUGUUUCAGCUGAGGUCUGUUGUGAUCAGGAGAGUCCUGCUUUAACAGUCUCAUGCCUCCUCGCGGGGUUUGAAGUGAGCACUUUCUCUCUACUUCUUCUUUCGUUCAUACCUUUGUUGUCAUUCACACCUUUCCUCCUUUUGGGAGGUUAACUGUUAAAUCAAGAAGAGGUUUACAGGCUUUGGAUUCAAAGCAAUUAUAAAGCCGACAAAUCAUGCUGCUAUAAUUAGAUCUUUGAAUAUCUGAUAAGACAGCCAAUCUCACUUUUCUUUUUUUUCACGGCUCUGUGCCUGUGGGAUGAGAAGACGCUAACUUAAUCAAGCAGAGUGAGGCUCUGAUAUUAGCUGAAUCUCUCCAUUGAUCUUCUGCCCACCUGGUUGUAUUGAACAGCAUGACUUAGAAUGCUUGCAUGUGAAGGUGCAUAACUUAAACUGACCAGUAGGGAUGUGCUGUGAUUACAGAUUGGACAUUGUGUGAGAUUUGUGGCGUGCAUGCUCUCCGCCUCUCCCCCGUUUUCUCUCUUCAAUAAAUCAGUCCUGCUUUCAGGCACUCCCUGAGGCUGUGGAAAAGCCUGAAGAAGAAGAAGAAGCCUCUGCGGCUGUGUCUGCUGAAUUUGUCACUUAAUACUUCUUGAACAGGUCAGUCAGAAAAAAAAAUACACCCCCCAUGCUUUUAUUCUGCCUCUGUGAGCAGUAUAAUCAAUAAGCUGUGGCUGUAUUGUGCAGCUGGUGGGCGAGGCCUGGUGCUUCUUACAGAAGGGGCAAAAGCGCAGCAGCAUGGGCACAUCCUGUAACGCACUAAUGCACCUCAGGGCUCUGACAUCAAUUAGGAGAGACAAUGGACGGCUGUCCUGAGCAUAGCAGGCUCAAAAGCUUGAAUCUGUGAAGCAAAUGAAAUGUGCCUAUUCUGUAGAGGAGACCGCCAUUACUGACCGGGGGACAUUUUGUCAUCAUUUUGUCCACUUCUAAUCUAGGCGCUGUUUUUAUUGUUAUGUAUAGCUUAAAAUUUUAUUGAGUGGAAUUAUCCAUGUCAUGUUAAUAUUUAAGAAACAGAUUAAAUGAUUGAGUUACCUGCUUAUUAACAAGUAACACCUUAGACCCAUUUAAGUUAGCAUGAAAACUGAAAACUGUCUGUGCAGAACUUUCUGUUUAGCAUCCUCUUCGUGAUGAUAAGGGUCCAAAAAGUCACAGCUCCUGAAAAAAAGGUCAAUUUAAUAACAAAACUAAAUUGCAUUCUGUACACAGAAAACAUGGAAAAACACAUUUUGUAUGUAAUAUUUAUAAGUAGAUUUUUUGUUGGACUGUACUUUGUUACCAUCAAUCAGAGCCAGGUUAGAUACUUCCAGUCUUUAAUGGUGUUUUGUGCCAACAGUGUCUUGUACAAAACCAAAAAAGUUAAGCAUUUCUAGCAUUCACAGUCCCAAGCAAAUAAAAUAAAAAAAAAAACUUUUUUGUAGCUCACAGCAAAUAUUCCAACUUUGAAACCCCACUUCUUGUCAAUGUCAGUCCUUCUAUACCAACCAAAUAUGAUUAUGAAGAGGGAGGGCUGCCUAUGUCAACUUUAUCAACACAAAUGUUAGUAAAGAAACUAUUUCAAUUCAUUUUUAUAAGGGUAGGUUUAUCAGUUGUGGAGCUGUACAGCUACAGUGGUAAUAUUUUUACUGUAAACUGUCCUUAAAGAAAACUGUUAACUAUACAGGGCAAUCCAAAACAGACUUAACGGUGACUCCAGAGAAAAGUGAAAAUGCUGUGACAACUUCUGAAACCUAGCAGAGAAAUUGUGCUAAAAAUGAGGAUAUGAGCACCGCCAUUCCAAACAAAGAAAAAAAAAAAUUCAUUUAUAGACACAGGCCUUUGGUCUUAUCCAAACUUGAUCAUUUAAUCAAUAUUGUUUUCAAAUGUAACAUCAAAUCCUAGCUAUAGUUGUCUUAGGACGCAUAACCUUAAAAAAAGGUUCACAUUGUAUUCUCUUGUAUUCUCCAAAAAGCUCCAACAUCAUUUCACUGUGAGUAAACACUCUUCUACAUUUAUUGACUGCUCACUUCUGCACAGUUUUAUCAAAAGUCUUAUUUCUUUAAAAGGAUAGAUUCCUUUCCUAGAAUCUUUUAAAAACAAAGUAUUUCUUAAAAUACAUUUUCAUCCUGAUAUCAUUCUCAUCAUAGAUGUCUGUUUUUGUUCUUCCUGUAUCUGAGGAUCUUAGAAAGUCCUGGAUCCUGUCACAGACAUCUCAAUAUCAGAUUUAUAACGUGUAAUGCGUGUGAGUCUUUCCUGUCUGGCCACAGUUGGAGCUCCUCCAUUCCUGUUUCUCCUACACCUUCCCGCCUUCUAAUAAUAGAGGAGCUGUUGCUGAGGUGCAAAUGGUGCAACUCGAUGUUUUAUUUAUUUUGUCUGCUCAAAUGGAUUUCCUGGUAGAGUGUCAGAACCUUAAUCUGUAGCAGGAACGGCUGGCAGCAUCCACAUCAUGUUUCCAUUUAUGCCUUCAGUGAGCCGAGGGGAGGGGGGACCAUUACAAAUUCGUAUUAUUCUGGGAAUCGGACACCAAUUUUUUUCUCUUUCCACAGAAGUCACAGCUCAAUUUAAACCUACAGAUACAGCUCAGUGUUAUCUUUGCUUGUUGUGAUUUUUCUAAAAGACUUAAAUAUUCCUGUACUGCAGAUUUCACAAUCAUCAACAAAGAAAUUUCUUUUUAAUGUAUUUCUUUCAGUUGGCUUUAAAGGAUCUCAUAGUGCUUUCCAGUCCAGCAGACAGGCUGGCUCUGUUUUCACACCUCCUGCUUUCAUCCUCUAUGCCUCACUGCUCAGGCUUGACUUCAGGUAUGCUUGUCUUGCUCUUUUUGGCCUGUUUUAAUCAGGAUUUCCCCUGAAGUACUUCCAGAAAGACGACGGGAUGAUCUAUCAAAUAGUCUCCAGAUCAAAUCAAACGCUCUGUGUUUUCUCUUGAUGGCUGUAACCGAGUGAGGAUGGGCAGGGCAUGGCUGACGUCCCAGAGUCAUGGCGGGGAGCUGGAGUCUGGAGAACCAGUGUGUCUUCCUCUCCUCUCUCAGAGCGCUCUGUUUGCUGCUCGCUAUCACCGUCUGUCACGCCACAGAGCGCCGUGGACACACUCUCCUCUCAUGCAUCUCUCCAUCCUGGCCUGACUAAACCCUUCCUCACACACUCAGCACCUUAAAAGGGAAACAUGUCAUCCUUCUCUCCUCACACAAUGCUAAAAAGACCCACUCCUCCCCUAGGGACCUCUCCUCUUCCUCUGCCAAUCGAUCUGCUGAAUGCUCGCCUUCAUUCAUCCACCUACAGAUUUGUCUUCCCGCCUUUAGGCUUUGCCGUUUGUAUCCAGUCUUUACAACUUGUCUGUGUUUCACUUAGGAUAGUUCACCGUCUUUUUUCAUAACAAAUCUUCCUUUUUAGAAUAUAAAUAAUUAAAACUGUGGAUUUAAAAUGCAUCCAAAAAGCAGUCGUGUUGCUUGUUGCUCACGCUCUUUACAGAAUCAUCUCUUUUUAAUGUAAAUAUCUCACUUUUUGAUGUUUGCGGCAUGUUUGAAUUUUGCUCUCCACAGCAGUUUUCCUCUGAAUCUCUGAUUGCUUUUUUCCUGCAUUCAACCCCCACACGGGCAGUAUUGAUCGUUCCAGUGCACUAAUUAUCCUGCUUGGCCUUGGAUUUCUGUGCAAGCUGCAGUCAGCCUUUGAUCGACGUGUCUGGAUGUCUUAACAUUACCAUUGAAUUAGAAAAAAGGAAAAAAGGCAGUUUUGAUUACAGAAAUUGGAGUAUGUUGGGCUUGAACUGCUGAUCUUUGUAAAACAAGUGUGACACCGUCUUUAAUGCCCACCCUGUCCAUCAGCAGUCACUUCAUGUGCCGUAGACUGAGCUCUUUAGCUUGGCUGAUCAGCACAUAUAUGUGGGUGUGUAAGUAUGAGGGUAGUGUUUACAUAUGCAUCCAUGCAUAUGUGAUCGCUCUGUAUGUAUGCGAGUGAGAGUGUGUGCGGGUGUGCACGUGCAUAUGGGCAAAAGUACAGGUUGGUACAUCCUGCUCUGCCACCAUCUGUGCCUGGGCAGGCAACAGGCCACUUCAUACACACUCUCCCUCUCCACAUAUACAUAUACACAGCUCUGCCUCUGUUGUUUGUUUGUUUCAAACAGAGCCAUGUCUUAAUUUCUAAAUGAGCGAUUUAAAAGGUCAGGUCAGUUUGUGGCCAAUUUAUACUGUAUAUCACUUAUCAGAGCAUUUGAAUGACAAACUUACUGACGAUGGCUGACCUCCUCUCAUCUGUGUUUGUGCUCACCUUCUAUGUGCUUCUGUUUUACUAGAUUUAAGGUACCCAGACAUAUUACAGAAAAUAUAUAUUUUUUGUUUAAAUUGUAAUUUGAUGAAUGUCAAAGAAGAUUGUAGUGCUUGGUUGCUUCAACAUUGUGGUAGAAAUAAGAAAAACACAAAAAGCAUAGAUGAUGUAAUCAAAAAAAUUAAGUGUAUAAUAAAGUAAUAAAUAAUAGUUAGAUGGAGAGAAACUUCACCUGAAAGAGAAUAAAUCAACAAAUAAGUUAAAGCUCCUUUGAGGAGUUUUUUGACAUCUGCAAAAUACACUGGAAUUCAUAUUGAACCCUUUUUAUUGUAUACAAAAUUAAACAAGCAGGAUUGAUUGUCAUUUUAAUGCCUGAAACGUGUGAGAAGGCAGGUAUUGGUAGAGCAGUUAAGAAAAGGCCAAAUGUUUACAUUUUUGACAUUCAGUUUCCAAAAUAAAAUGAUACCCAUGACUGUCAGAAGUCUGCAGGAUGAGAUUUUUUUAUUAGGAUGUAUGACAAAAGCGUGUAAAGGACAAGAAUGCAAUAACUGUGUUGUCCACAGGGAGCACCAAAGUUGACACAAACCAAGAACUACAGUAAUGACAUUAUAGGAAGUACAACUGGCAGUGGUAUUUAAGGGUAGUUUUUGCAACACUGACUCAGAGAUAAUUAGAUAACCCAGCCUUUGGCAACAAUGUCAAGGUAAAACUUGCUCGCUAGGGACAGAAACCUCGAGCAGGACUGGUAUGCUGAAAAGUCAUCUGUCGUGAAAGUGAAAAAAAGAUGAUGCAGGGAAAAAAAGAUGAGUAGAGACUAACAAAACAACAACUACAACAGAUAAUACAGACUCUAAACUGUAUUAUUUUAAAAUCUGUAUUAUCAGAAAGAACAUCAGAGUAAAGAUUAGAAUUUAGAUGUAAUAGUUUUUGCCUCUAGCAUAGUUUGGCAGCACUUGUGUCCAAUUGGACAUGAUACAGUUUGUGGCCCCGAAUCAUACUUUCCCUUUCUAUCUAGAGCCUUGCUGAUAUGUGGCUUUGAACAUAAAAAAAUGUGUAUAAAAACAAAAAAUUUGAAUAAAGACUUUGCAUCUCAACAUGUGUUGAUACACCUCUGGAAAAUAUUUCCAACCCCCAGAGGAGCCCCUGACCUUACUUUGAAUUAUGCAUGUAUUGAGACACUAUAUUACCAUUCCAGAGACAUCCUCAUGCUGAAUGUAUUUCCGUGAUUCGAAUACCAGUUCUGUCAGUAAUUGCCAGGCAUAAUGGUUGUAGAUUGGGAAUCAAUAAUGCGCUCUGGAGUCAGUGUCACUGGUGACCUUUGCAUGCGCUCAGAGGAACCUCAGCCAAUGACAUUUUAGGCUUAGGGGUCCCCGUGGAGAAGCGCUCAUCAGGCAGUGUGUAAAUGACACUCUUGGCAACCUGUGUGUGUUUCUGAAUAGUGCUCAGCCUGGCAGAACAUAAAGAUGCACCAAAGCAGACUGGUGUAUGUUAGGGGAUUUGCAUUGGACAUAGCUGCUCGGAUCCAGAGCUAAAGGGUUGAAGACAGGUUGCAGAGACAUGCAGAUAUAAUGCAGUUGUUGGGUAUGCAAACCUGCUUUUUGAGCCCUAAUGAGCUGAAACAUCUGUCUGCCCUGGGUAUAAUAUGACCCCUCCAGCACCUCUCUAUCCAGUCCAAUGGUCUGGAUGGUAGAAGGACCCCUUAGUCUGAUCCCACUUUAUUUGGCACAGUUUCCUCUCCCGGCCUGAAGGUGCCCUCCUUCUUUGAGUAAUGUCCAAGGGAGUAGGCUUAGUCAUCCUCAGUUAAUGUGGACACACACACACACACACACACACACACACAAGUGUUAGGACCAUCUGCCAGCUCCCCUCAGGGUACCAGCCAGGUGCCGGCCAUGCUCUCACCCUUGCUAUGCCACAACAGCACAACAUGCUGGGACGAGCCGUGCCGUGCCAACUGUUGAUUAUAACAUCCUCUCUUUCCCCACCCAGAGACUCAUCAUGAACCCAGGGAAACGCUCGGCUUUAUAUAGAUUUUCAGGAAACUAGAGACGGAGAUUGUGUGUUUUUAAAUUUUGAUGAACGCAGAUAAUUUCCCUGAAGCCACGUCUUUGAGUCUUUGUUGUGCGUUGCUGUGAUCCUCCUCUGUGUUUGCUGCAGGUCUCUCAGGUUGUUUCCCUUGAGAUGCAGCCUGUGUGGAAGCACAGCGUUCGGUCUCUUGGAGGAGACUGUGCUUCACUGUUUGCUGGAGCUGAGACAAAAGCUUAACACGCAACAGGGAGGAAAUGUGUAAUUCAGCUCACGCUGAAUCAGGAUUGUACACCGUUUUAUAUGUGCCCCAAAUCUUUCAAAACUGAGUAUUUCUACAGGAAUAUCUGUGUAUUUUCUGUGUAUGCAAAUUACUCAUUUAUCUUCGUGGCUCUUCCUCCAGGAGCUGAAAGUAUAAGUAGAAAAGCUCCCUCGAAAGAUGAGAGAGGAACUUAAAUGCUAAUAAUUCUCUAUCUUCUACAUGUGCAAACGUAUGACAUGUAUUUUCAUGAAAACAGCUUUACUGUGUGUCUUGUUGGACUGUUAGAGAUAGAUACAGGAGAAGUGUGGAUGGUUGAUUUUCUCUCCACACACUUCAACACUUAGUUGUCAACACUUAUUGAGUCGGCGCUGAGUCCUGUCACCACCUGUCAAAACAGUCUGAUAUCACUUCAGAUUGUCAAUGAUAGUUUCUUCUGACACUGAUAUUUAUCCUUUAUGAGGGGAUUAGUGGAGAGAUUAAACUGGAUUAGUGGAACCAGCCUUGUUAGCAGCAGUUAUGAGUCUCUUUCCUUUACCCUUCUAUUCAAAUUAGAUUGAUUAAUUGGAUGAAACCACAUACUCUGGCUUUAUGAUACUCAUUUCUAUCAGUUGAGAUAUAGCAGAUUUAAUCGAUGUUAUUCCCUACAUGAAACCACUUGGAUUUAUUCUACUAUAACAAACAAAGAGACAGUUUCCCUGAAAUGUCCCUUACACAGCUAGUCUCCGGCCUCAGGCUGCACUUCUUAGCUCACUUACUAACAAACUAUGUGCACCACUUACCUGAAGAGAAGAGGGCACUAAACAGACUUUAUUGCUCUUUAAUAUUGCUUUUCAACAUUUUAAUCUUAAUGCAGUCUCUUUUUAUUGGAUUUCAGAAAAGUACUGUUUAAUAGCCCCCGGGAGUAAAGGAGCAAUCUUGGUUGAGAUGUGUCUCACUGCCCAUAAGACUGUCUGUCUCUCCUGUUUGGCUCCUUUAUGAGGACAGAUUCAUUGGCAAGCUGUGGCCACAUGAUAUUAAUAGAUCUUGCAGGAUGGCUCUCCUGUGUGUUAGGCUCAUAAGUGUUAUGUUCAUGAAUGAAUCCCCAAAAAGAUAUUUACUCAGACUGUCAUAAUUAAUCAAAUUAAAGGGAUAUUCCGACGUAAAAUUAAUUAAUAUGGUGAUUAUUACUUCAAGGAAAUGAUAAAGUAAUGAUCAUAAAUGUUCUUCCUUGAGCUGCGUCACCCCACUGUAAUCCGUAAUGGACUGGCCCGAGGUCUCGCUACAAACAAGCAGCUGCUGGAGGAGAGUGGGUUAGUUGUGUUUAGUAUCUUUGGUAAAGAAAUUUGGUAAAAUUAAAAAUGAAGUUGACGAAGUUAGGUGCUUUUCUGAGCAUUAUUUGUGGCUAUAGAGAGGCAUUUUGGUUGAGGUUAGUUUAUAGCUCCUCAGACCGCUGUGUAUUACUAUCAUGCAGUCGUUACUAAAGUUGGUAUAACUAGAGAUCAACAUUCAUCUCUCGAGGGUGUGUCUAACUCAGCGUUAUGAUGUGUUUGACCCUAAAUUUAUUUUAUGCCGGAAUAUCCCUUUAAUGCUGAUCUUAACAGAGUUUAUCCCAUUCGGCUCCCUCCUUCAAUAAGAAGUCUGAACUUCUUAAUGUCGCAUCAAAACUCAGUGUUGUUUUCAAGGUCACAACGUAUAGAGGGGCUCUUCAUGCAUAAUGUAUACAAUAUAACAUUCAUAGCUAAUUAGCACCAACAGGAGAGGAUGCCCCCUGAUUUCCCCUGAUUUUACUCUCAUUUGCAUAAAUAUAAUGGGGCACAAGAGAGUGCGAAGCCCAGCGUCUGUCCCCCCUGAGGGGAGGAGGAGAGGUGUGACUGAGAUCUGGGUUCACAAGUGAUAAUUGUUGCAGAGCUGUUAUUCUGACGCCUGGACCAUAAACUAGACAGUGUGGAGCAAACAAAAGAGACAAAUGCACUUUGAACCUGAGACCGACUCAAUGAGGAGAUGAGGCGCAGAGCACUCUCUGCUCAUGUUCUUAAGUGUGGAGUUAAUGGGUGAGGUCUGAAUGAAUAUGUGUUUUAUAGGGAUGUAUGAGUAGAUAUUGAUUGGAGUUAUAUGCUGAUGAGAUCAAACAUCAUUGAUACGUCUCUCUGUACAAACUCAAAAAGGUUUUGAUAGAAGACUCUUUAACGGCCCUGUUACCUGAAACUGCGAAACAUAAAAGAGAACGGACUAAUGGUGGUGAUUUGGGGGUUAGGGGGUUGGGGUUGCAGUUUGAGGGAGCGGUGAUACAUUAUUCACAGGGGUGGGGGCCUUAAGUGCCAAAUUAAUUUGUUUUUUCUCUCCGGAUGGUUGGCAGAAUAAAUGGGGGCUGUCAGUCGUGCAGUAAAGUGCCGUGCAUUCAUUUAGACAAGUGUUAUUGCUGCGCUGGAGCAAUAGCGCUUUUUAGUGGAGCAGACCAGCCGGGUGGGUGGAAGCUGAGCAAUUAUCUCCAGUUCCUGUGAUGGCAAUGAUUGCUGAAACAGGCGAGUGGUCCCAGAGCACAGCAGGUGUGACUGUCAGGCUGCAGGUUGGUGGGCUAGCCGCUGGAUGUGAGUGCACAUGAGCAGAUUGGAUUGGUGACACUGAAGAGACUAGUCUAGUGUGUUUUUUUUUUUUUUUUUUUUUGUUGAUUUUCUUUUUUUUAACAAAAUCUCUCCAAUGGUAGUUUGUGCAGAUCAAAAUAAUCACAUUCAAAAAUCAUUAAAUUUAUUUGUUGCGUUUGAAAACCAAAAAACUACAGAGAUAUGAGAAACCUUAAAUGUCAGCCCCCCAAUCUCAUCUUGUAGCUUUAUCACGGUCGAUAGCGUGUGCAUGUUUUAUUUUCAGUUUUCCUCGUUUCAAAUCUCUGUAUAAUAACCUUAAAAAACAGGUUAGUGUCAACAGACAUGGCGUGGCGCUGAUUAAAGCAGACCAAACAGAUGUUUCCUUUUUUUUCUUCUCCUUUUUCCCAACCGUUCCCUCUAAGCGACUCUGACAACGUACAAAUGCAGAAACACAGGCGUCUGCUGUUUUUCAAAGCAUCGGCCAAAUGUGAAAUGAAUACUAAUGUCACCGGACCGUAUUUAUCAGUGUGACAUUCAAAGGAGCUAAAUGCUCUGCUUUUUCUCUGUGAUUCAGAGGAAACUUUGAAACAUGCACGACUUUCAGUAAUGUGAGUCAGAUAGUGGAUAUGACAGAUGUUGGCUGAGAGAUAGGACUCCUAUUGAUGCUCUCACACACAGCUUGACUGACACAGACAUUUCCACUGCUGGUUCUUUUGCUCGUUCUGAAUCCCUGCAGUGACUCAACUUUUGCUGACAGACAGAUGCCUCUAAAAACUUUUACAUUAAAGCUAUUUAACCUCUUGUAUGCACACAGAUGGAGGGUGCAGUAUGAUGAACUAAACACCCCCUUCAAAUCUUUCCGUUUCCUCUUCAGUUGGUAAUUCUGUGGAGUAAAAAUCAAAACACAGCUACAUGACUUUAUCCCUAAAAUCACACCACCUGACAGAGCUAGAUCAGAUCCACUCCACUCCUCCUCAUACUGUCAUGUGCCGAGGACACUGUUUGAGAUGAUCAACACUCACUUGGCUGACUAAUGAGCUGGAUUCAGAGAGGGCAAAGGGUUGGGUUUGAACGUCUUUGUCAGACAGGCUUGCAGCCCCCUCCCUUUUUGCUGCAUUGUCUCCCAGGGGAGGCCUCACAGACUGCCUAAUUGAAUCAAGUGCACAUGGUGCCUCCCCCUUCACUGCUCGAGCCCCUCCCCGUUACGAGAGGAGUGAGGAGGAGAGCUCCAGCUUUUGAUGCUUUUGUUCUCUCCAGCACCAUGGACAGCGCCAAGGGGGCUCCAUUGCAACUGGUUGCCUACUGCUGCUGGAUGGAGAGGGACAUCAUCAUCACUACAGCUGUCUAACCUCCCGUGCCGAGGCAGAAAAUUGGCGUGUUAGACUCCACAACACCAUAAAUUACCAGUACAAGCUUCUGAAAACUGGGAGCCAGCCCAACCAGAGAAAUCGAAAGGUUCAAUAGCCUGUUAAAUCUGUAUUUGAUAGAACAGGGAGGAACAGGAUAAUUCAAGUGUCAGUGUGCGGGAGGCUCAGACGAGCAGAACAAAUAUAUGUAAGUCAGACAGAGACAGCGCUGCGUGUGUGACCACGCAUAGUUUAUACCGAGUAUUUCCUCUGUGACAGUCUUACUCAAACACACACAGGCCCCAUGUCCCCGACGUUCACUGCAGGUCAGCACCCUCAUUUCAGAAAGACAGAUUGGAGCUGUGCUUGGAGAAAAAGUCUGCUUUCAGAUUGGCUCCAGAUGCCAGGUUAAUGAAGGGUUCGUUUGGAGCCAACAUUCAGAUUGUGAGAUGCAGAGCAGAGUCUGCAGAGACUCUCUGUCUCUGAGAUGUACUGCGUGCUGCUGCUUCAUCCUGCUGGCUAAUCUGAUUUUUGUAAAUGUCAAACUGUGUGUUUAUUUACACAAAAUGUGUUUCCUGUGCUCUGCUUUUCAUUGUUACUUCGUUUUGUUGCCUUUUAAAGGGCGUGGAAAGAUUACGGUAUUUUCUGUGUCGGUUUGACUUUGAGGAAUUUCUCCUUUUUGUGUUUCAGGACUAUCAGUUUCUGUUGAAGUAUUUUACCGACUAAACAGCAAAAGGUCAAACUAUAUGUGUAGUUUAUUUGUUGGACAUUUGCUGUUUUCCAUUUACCAUUUGUAAAUUGUCAAACUUUUCUAGUUAAAAUAAGAAAAAGCUGUGCUGCAGAAUUGGAUGUGAAAUAUCCUCAUCAGUAUUUUACCACUAUCCUUCUGUAGCCAGUAACACAAUCAUGAGGUCAUGCCCGGAAAGCACUAUAGCAAUGAACAUGGGUCAGAUAUGUCUAAGAGGCUAAAAUGUAAUUGUGGGGAACAGCUGGAUUAGUCCAGGCGAUGUAUAUCCGCCUCUAAUGAUAUUAAAAAAGGAGUCUGGAGAAUACCUUCCAGCACACAGCUCUCAUUUUGAUGAGCUAAAGAAAGACUUGAGAGAGUUAGUUUCAAUCACAGGAUCCAGGCUCUGUCUGUCUGUCUGUCUGCUGGACAGCAAAUGCCAGAUCAGGCUCUGUUUGUCUUCAAUUCCAAUCACGUCAAAGUUGCAUCAACACUACAACUAAUCUGGGGUUAUUUUGUCCUAAUGACAUUUGAAUUGCUUUAACGUCAGUAUCUAAAAUGUCAGGGGUCGUUUGUAGAUUUUGUGAUUGUGUUAAGUUUUUGAAUCUCUUUUGACUUAAAAAUAAAACCUCCCAAAGUCCCUCCCAUCUCCAGAAGGAGGGGUCCUUCACUCAAGUAGCCCCUCCUGCAGGGAUGAGCACCACACCCAGCCCUGCCCGGCGUCUACAUGUCCUGCUGCUCCACUCUUAAAGCCCAAAUUGUAUCCUAUGAACAUGGAAAUUUAUGAAUACGACAGAUCAGGUGACACGUCUCUGUUCCUCACAGGCGUUUGUGUUCCCUUUGUUGGAUUUAUAGUGGUAGAGUUGUGUUUUAAACUACACACCGGCUGUAAAUCUACACAGGCUUUCAAAGGACUUUUGACUGAGUCCUGAUCAAUAUCCACUCUAAGUACAAAUUUCAAAUUCAUCAAGCCUCCUUAUAUGGUAUUGAUUUUGUGCAAUGGCUUUCCUGAAAAGAAUCUGAUUACUUUUUUCUCCAUCAGUCUGAACAAACAGAGGCUAGAGCUGCAGACGAGAUGGUUUAUGUAUUUAUUUUGCCUUUUUAAUGAUAUAUGACAAAGAAACGUGUAGGCUUAGGUACAAUCUAGAGAAGUAGAGAGGACAGUGUUUUUGAUGGUCAAAUUGAUCAGCAAGCGUCAUCACCACAGUGUGUAUUCAAUAAUAAUUGUGAAUAAUCAGGACUCUUGUUCUCCCUGCAGGCAGGACCCUGGGUUCAGAUGCUCCAUAAUGUAUGCAGUUUUCUCCAGCGGAGCAGCGGUGUACAGUAAUUUCUGAGUCUCCCGCCGACGGGCAUUGUUGUGGUUUCUCGAGUGUUUCAGACACGCAUAAGGGAAAUGGUCCUGAAUAGUAAUGGCUUUGCAGACACUUUCCACAUAUUGCAGCUGUGUGCAUUUAACACACAGUAGACAGGGGAUCCUGUUACAGCGACAGUCCGCACUCAGAGGUUUGUGUGGCUCUAUCAGCUGAUGGGAGAUCUGAUGGGGCCACAGUGACAUCUAGUGGCUUGAUAUCGCAACUCUGAGGUGUGUCGUUUGAAAAUAAGAAAUUAAAAAAUUGUUUCUAAGUAAAAAAAUAUAUAUAUAUAAAUAAAUGCGUCAGAGCUGUUUGUUGUAUCUGCUUUACCUGAGACUCUGCAUGGGAGAGAAAUGCUGUUUUCUUUCUUCGUCUUCAGCCUUGACUGUCUGGUGUUUCCUUCUCCACAUCAGCACCUUUCUCCAGCUCUACAGUGAUUUUCUAUGUCUGUGUCGCUUCUGCUCAGGAAUGCAGACAGAUUAAUUUUCCAUUGUGAGGUUUUUUCUGAGAAAGAGAAGACAUUGUGUAGAUAAUGUGAUCAACAAGGCCAACAGGCAUCAGGAGCUGUUCGGUAUGCAUAAGUCCUGGACUGAAAAGCGAUGAGAUGCAGAACGGCCUUGAUGGAGACAAAAACAGGAAGAAAGGCGAUAGAGCGAGCCAGGCGUGUGUGGGAGGGGAGGAGCGUGGAUGUGGGUGGUGCAGUCUGAGUCUAAAUAGAAGAGUUGUGAGUGUUGAGGACCUUGAACACUGAGGGUCAUCAUGAGCCAAGGUUCUGAUGGCUGUUAUGAAGAAGAGCCCUAAGCACAUGUUCAGUCAAUUGAACAUGAAAACAGCAGUGAAACAUUUUUAUCAGUGAUUCUAAUUCAUCAUGUGACACCAAAACACAAGAGAAAACAUCAAACUUGCCUCUGAGGCAUUUCCCCAGGAACUGUGUAGACAAAACACAACAUAAAACCCUGCAUCAUUAAGACAGCACUAUCCAUGCUUAUUUACUGCUAAUUCCCCACUUGUUUACCUCGCUCUCCUGUUGUUCCCUGAUAAGGACUGAGUGGGGAUGCAGGGAGCUCCUUGGCUUCUGUCUGGUGUUGCAGGUUGGGCUAGGCUGCUCUGUUUGAAGUGGUGCACAGAGCCCUGUAUCUGUGCUCUGCAGCUGGAACAGACGGUGUAAAGCUAUUCUGUUAUUCCCGCCUCAGCUAAAUGUGUAACCUCACAAUCACCUCUGAAUAAAGACACACUGCCGCUGCUGCCGCUGCUUCACAAUGAAGCUGUUCCACCGAUGUCGGCUAUUGUCUGGCUUGUCUUGUAUCAGCUUUACCCCAAGUUAAUAGGCAAUCAUCUGUCCAUCUCUACGUGGCUGGUCAUCAUGCUACCCUGCUGAAUAGCACAUCCUGGUCAAUUAAGAUCAUACCAUUGUCCCUCACAUAAAGGGGUUGGAGGGUGGACUUCUCUUUCUGUGUUCUUAUCUGAUUUUAGAAAUGUAAAUGAUGUGCCUUGAAUGCGCAGUAUCCCGUUAGCCAGCCAUGCCUUUGCCCUCCAUGGUCGAUAUGGAGCUAAUGUAAGUCUUUAACCCUCUGAUGGACCUCUGGCUAAUGCCAUUAAUUCCUCACUACAAAUGACAAAUAGACUUUUUCAAGGCUGAAUGGAAGCUAUGAGUGAUAAAUGUAAACCAAACAGCACUCUGAAGCCAUCCUACCCCUCAGUAAUGCGCACACCAGCACGGGAACAAUUUAUGUGGUCAUCAUUUGGCUCCAUUGACCCUUUCUUGAACAGCAGCUGCUCUACUGCCCUCGUUCAUUCCAGGAGAGUGAAGAUGCAGGCCGAGUGCUCUCGAGAUGUCUAUAUCCUGACAGGAUCUUGGGUGGAAGCUUUGUAAUCUGACUAUGGUGACCUCAGACUCGUGUUUUCGGGAAGAGGUGUGCGACUGGGGUGUUGACAUCAUUGCGUCACUUGUCAGCCCACUGAUGUUAAUUCAAUCCCACUGACAGUCCUGCCAAAACAGGAAUGAUGAAUUACAGAGGAGGCACACCCACUGCUCCCUCAUCCAUCUUCAUGGCCUUUUCACAGCUUCAGACACAACGUGCUGUGGUUUUAAUUUUUAGUUUGUAUGUUUAAUUCAUUUGGAAAGCUUUGUUUUUGGCCUUGUACUCACUCCCUCGUCUGUUUGAAUAGAUGGGACAUAGCUCAUUUUUACUUCGACAGUUUUUGUCACUUAAAAGAUCUCACUGUCCAUGUUUUUAUGUAGUUAAUGGUUUUGACCAGACGAUCACCUUUCAAUAUAGUUUUAAUUUUAAUACAGUAAUUUGCUGUUUUACAGUAUAAAGUAAAAUAAAAGUUUCUCCCUUUUUGUUCCUGAUUCUCAUUUUUAAACAUAUCUCCUUUCUCUUUUAGGGUGCCUUUUGGGCUCAAGCAACAUUAGUUUUUUUAUGUUUCUCUGAACUAUUCAACAGAGUGCUCGCGUCUAAAUGUCAGUUGUUGUGUUAGUCAUUAAGCCUGGGUUGUAUAGCAUUUUGUAAAGGUCAGGCUGAGCCGGCAGGGAAAAGCAGUCACUGAUACUUGCUGUGCUGUGACUGACUGUGAGAACGGACCAGCCUGCUGCUGCUGCUGGAGGGACUAGAUUACUUCACUGUCCCCACAGGCUCAUCAUACCUCAUUUCUGUUUGCUUAGGAUUUAACAGGAAAUAAUAGAUUAAGGUCCUCCAGUUAGGAUUUUGUAACCCCUACAUUCAUUAUACGACUUUUCGGUGGACUACAAACUCUAGAUUAGGCACUAUUUGCCUGUACUACCAGUAAAUAAGUUGCUAUCUCUACCCCUCAAACUGAUCUUUUUAGGUUAUUCAGUAAAAGUAAGCUCCUGUGAGGUGUUUUUGAUUGGUUUUUGGUUGCUUCUUCAUGACAUACAAAGGCAAAUGAGAGCAUUUAUGACAUCAAUUGACUAUUUCUGUAUUGUGAUUAUUAACACCUAUAACCAAACAGACUAAACAACAGUUAAGUAUUAGAGGCUAUCAGGAGUUUCAUUGUCAUUAGAAUUAAAGAAACAGUCAAUCAUUAAAAUCUAUCACAAGUAAAACUGAAAAUAUAAGAUGUGAAACAAAUAGUACUACUCCAAUAUGUUAUUUAUCAAAUGUGUGAUUGAAUCUGGAGGUUGUAUUUCUCUGUCUCGUGUCUUUCCUGUCACUACGCUCAGGGCUUAACCUGCUUUUACGUGCUUGCUCUGUUUGUUUAUGGAGCGCUGUGGUUUCAUGGCAGCAUAACCGUAAUUGACAGACGUUGAUUUACUGAUAAUCCUUGGCUCUGCUCUCGCUGUGGACCUCGAGAAGUGCGGGUUUGGCUGUCAGCCUCACAUGUCCUUGAGUCAAAGCUGCGUGCUGCCCUUGACAGACACACACACUCACACUCACACAUACACCUCUGUGUCCCUUUGUGUCCCUGUUCGCUCUCCCUCCCUCUUUUCCUCUCUCCUUCUCCCUCUCUCUCUCUGCCUUUAUUACCACAUUUUAAAAAACCUUUAUACCCUUACUGGCUCACUGCAGAUGGGAUUUUAUUUUGCUGACAGGGCAGAGAUACAGUAUGAUUACAUACGAAGCAAAUAUCAUUUUCUAAGUGGAAAUCCUGUAAUUGAUUUGUUUUUUUUAACCAGUAGACACAUUCAGUUCACCAACAGAUAGUGAAAUUGCAAUUCUUCAAUACUUCAGUAAUUGUUGGGGACAUAAAACAGGUUAAAAUUGCCAUUUAACUUAAUUAGAUUUCACAUAGACAUUGAUCCAAUUCGAGCUCUUAUUUUUAUAUGUGUGUAGAUUAUAAAACAAAAUUUUGCACAUCAGGCAAUCUAACAAUGUACACUUUCGUAUUUCAUGUAACAUACUGUCUUUAAUCCAAUUAAUUGUGGGUAAUUCAUGAGCAUGUUUUAUAUGGUAUCAGUGUGAAACUAUUAUAAAAUGUAUAAAACAUUUUUGUCUUAAAUUUUUGAAAUUUAAAACAAAUUUUUUAAGCAAUUUCUAGAUUUCAAUUUUGAUGAGCAACUUUGUGUAGAUUACCUGGCAAAUUAAGAUUAUAAGCCAUGCCAUCCACUCCUAUAUUCUCUUCUGUAUAUGUGAUAUUGAGAGUGAUCUAAAGUGUCAGCAGAACUCAGUGGCUUUUGUGUCCUUCCUUUAAACCCAUUAUUUCUUGAUUAUUAGUGUCUCCACAGCAGCAGCAGCAGCACAGACAUGAAAGUAGAAAUAGCAGCUCUGGAUUCCUGUGCUGAAGGGUGACCAGCCGUACAAACCUCCACUUUCGCAUUCUUAAAAGUUUCCCCCUUUUUUUUCCUUGUCGGUGUCCCUCAGUUUUCCAACACCCCAUUGACAUCUUUGUCCAUUAGCCUGUUACAAGUAUUUCCACUUGUCAUGUGUAGAUGGGGCAUGAAAGGUUUGAGGAGGAUGGUGCUUUUAGGAAGGACAGACAGAGAGGGUGCUAAGGUCAAAAGUGGAGGAAAUAGUGAAGCGAGUCAGAUGAAGGAUUCAAGGAAAGAAAUAAAAGGUGAAAGACAGAAGAGGUGGUAUGUGUGGAUGAGGAGAAAAGCUCCGGGGAGCUGCCUGGCUCUGGCAGUCUAAUUGAAGCUGUGUGUGGCUGCAGACCCAGAGCUGUCACUCCAAUGAAGAGCCCCUUUGCUGCAUUUUGCGGGCUGUGUGCUGAAUUCUGAUGACGUUACAGAAACCUCGGGCCACAGAUUGACUCUGUGUCACUGAGGACCCCAACCCCCAUUACCUGCAUGGGGGGGAUGCUGCAUACCUCCUUGUCCUCUUGGGCUAUCUGCAGAUUAUAUGUAACAGGGUCAGAGGCAUUAUGCGCAUGAGCCGACUAGGAUGCACAACAUGUGACAAUAAAUUAUUUUCUUGAGAGGGUGUUGCAAAUUUGUCAGGCCAUCUCAUGCAUGAUAAUGUGAUAUUAGAAUCUGCGGGAAGUGUUCUCACUUGUACAUGCUUUCCCUUGUUGGAUUAGAAAAAGAUUAUGUCUUCUAGCAGAGCACAUAGCUGCAAGCAUCCAAUGAAUUAUUUAUCGUGAGUUUAAGCAGCCAGUUAUGAAAAUAUUUAUCUAAAAACUGAACAGAGAUGGAUUUUUAAAUGAGAAGCUGUAACUGUGAUACUCGUGCAUAUUGUUGGUACAACAUGAAUUUUAUUAAUGUUUUUCUGAGUUUUUGCCACUUUUGAUUUGUGGUUCUGCAUAUUGACUCUAACCAGAUUCACACAUGUCCACAUGUGAAUUAAUUAAAUUUGUUUAAUCGCUGAGAGUGGUGAAAUUUCAGUGUGCUGCACUUGACACUGUUGAUUAUAAUAAACUUCCUGAGUGACUGAAAACAAGACUUUCCUGUACAGCAAUCACCUGGUGAAAACCUCACCUAAAGGACAGAGACAACUUGGUGUCUACUGAUAGCCUUACAUCUGUGGAGUUCCCCAAGGCUCGAUCUAGGGGCUUCUUCUGUUUAACGUUUUAUGUUCUUGGGGAUGCUACAGUCCUCAAUGAAAUAUUGAACUGUUUAUCCAUGGUUCAGUAUACAUACUGCCCUGAACAGCUCAGUGAGUGGAAACAAAACUGGUUAAGUUUUUUUCAAUGUAUUUGUCUUCAGCUGACUUAAAAGAGGUCUUAAAAUUUUAGACAGCUACACCUGAUUCAAAUUUUGGCGGCUUAAGUUCUCAUAAAGACCAAGUAAACUACAUCACCUCAGGUCUGGGGUCUGAACACUAGCUCCCUAUUUGUCAAAGAACAGGUCUUUAAAACACUAGUUGAUAGAGCACUGAAUGGUUUAAGACCAAAAUACAUUCGUGAUUUUAACCCUGAUCCUAUUUUUAAAAUACUGUUUGAGUCAAAAUGUGCCAUGAAGUUAUGUGACAAUACCGUUUAAAGUAGCCUGCUGGCUCAGAGUAUCACCGUAAAAUUUUAUAUUCAAGACAGGUAUAUAAAAGACGAUAAGAUAUAAAGAAUGGCAAAAAUGUGUUGUUUUUUUACCAUGUUUAUGUACAGUUACUUAAAAAAAUCUUGCUUUUUAGUUUUGAUCUAUUGUUCUUGUCCUUCCUUUCAGUCAAACACACACACACACACCUGUAGGGCCCCAUUGUAAAGAUCCCUGUCAAGAGCUGCUGCACUGGUUCCCUGUUAGGGGCUGGUGACAGCAGAGGGUGAAGUCAAAAAUCAAAUAACCUACUUUUAUGAUGAGAUAGCUGUCACGAGUGCACAUAAAUAACAUGUUUUUAUGGUUGGUCUGCUUUUUGUAAAAAUGACUUUUAUAUUAUAACAUUUUUAGUUUUGGGCUCCCUUUACAAUCUUUUGGCUAUUCUUCAUGUGUGUCUAAGUGAUUAAAUUUCACAAGCCGAACAUGACACUGAUAAAACUUAAUAUUCAGUCCAAAUUUGGUGUGUUUCUGAGCUUAUUUUUAGAGAUACGUGUGAUUAAACAGAGGCUGUCCCUUUUGGACACGCCUUUAUAUGAGCUAUUUUCAGUUUUUGGUAAUAUUCAAAAGACAACUCAAAAAAGUAAUUUUGCAGUAAAAUCUUUUUACACAACCAUCCAUUUUGUUGACUAGACAUGCUGAAGUUGUGGAAAACAUGGUUGUUUUGUUCUACCAUGGAAAGGUGUAUCUCAAAUUCUCAGUUCCUCUACUAUAAACUUGUAAUUAAGAAAUGAAACUUAGCGUUAACAACCUCACAAAACAUAAAAACACUGCCCGCUAAAAUAACAACGCAAAGGGUGGGGCUGGAGAGAAAGAGAAGGAUCAAGUAUAUGUUGCAAUAACAUGAGUUUUUCCUCCCCUCCCCCAUUUUUUUUCAUUUAGUGUUGAUGAGAUCUUCUGCCAUUAAUGACUGUCUAUACCAAUCCUCACUGCUAAUGAGAUACACAAAAGGACAGGUAUUGAUCUGUGCUAUUGACGGGUACAAAGUGAUUAGCAUGAAAAUGUGUAUUGACAUGUUUAGUCGAAUAAAACUUUGAAUGUUUUCUUUAUCUGGAACAUUUGAAUCACAGCUGCUCAGUUAUGAAGGACAUUAAACUCUAAAACAGAUAUUAAAACCCUUUUAUUUCCUCUGCGGUCAGGCUGCUAAAUGCACACAUGACAAAGUUAUCUUUUUGACUUGAAUGCUCGUUUGAUUUUGCCAGUUUUGAUAUGUAGGUUUUCAGUAUGCUUCGUUUUUAUUCAACCCUUCUGUCAAAGAUAAAACACAUUUUUCCCAGUGUCUUUGAUUUGACAUUAAGCUCUUGCUGAGUUGAGUGAAGCUGGGAAUAAAUACUCAGAGGGAGCCACAGGUGCUGCACAGCUUGUCAUGUAGAAAUCAUUAGUCAGUCACCAUCACCCUGCUUAUCCAGGCUCAGACAGAAAUCAUGUGGGGGCUGGUAUUUACUGAGCAGGAACCUCCUUUUGAUUCCAUUGAUUUUGUUCACGCUGUUUUCAGGCAUAAACACAAGCUCCAGUUUUGUUUUCAAUAUGCAAUGACUGAAAGAAGCAAAAUGGUAUCUGGAGAAUUCAGAUAUUCUACUUGGGUAGGAGAUGCAACACAACACUGCAGAAUUGCUCCAUGAAGAAAUGACUACAAUCAGUGUAGCUGAAGCAUAGACUGAAAAACAUUGUGCUAAAAGUAGUUUUUACUACAUUUUUAUUUUGAUUACUAUAUUGGACUGUACAGAAAUCUCCAUGCCUUGCACAGAAUUGUAAACUAAAGAACUUGCAGACUGUUUGUCUUGGAGAAACUGGCUGUAUUGAAAAAUAUUCAAAUAAAGUAAAUGAAUAUUUUGAAGUAUGUUGUUUUUUAAACGGUCACAUUAAUGUAGAGGAGUAGAUGUAGUAUGAUGUUGGCCUCCAUAUAAAGUGGGGCAGAAAUACACGAGUAUUAAAUGUAAUUGUUAUAUAUAUACAAACUAACCUUGAAUGGUAGUGAGGUAGUCCAUUAGUCUUUUAACCUUGCGACCCACUGCUACAAGAGAGGGACAUACAGAUUUGGAAUUUGUCAGAAAGAGUGUACCAUUGUUUUGCUUUGAUCAGGUUUAAUAUGACAUAUAAUACUUAAGUGUUUAUUACACAAUAGGGUUCAUGCUGGUCCGGAAAGUUGCUAGGGCUUGUGUUGUGGUUACCGGUUGAUUGUUCUUAAAUGAUUUCGACGGCGCUCCAACUUUCACGUCCUCCAUCAUUGCCAUGUUCGCUCCUCAAACAAGGACUGUAUUUUUGUGGGAUGAAGGCCUCAAAAAAGACCAAAUCAUCCAGCACCCAUGAAGCUGUAAAGGUAUGUGUGGGGGUGUUUUUGUGUCGGAGGGAGAAGCUGUAGGUGGAUAAUAGAUAAUGGCUUUAUUUCACGUGAUUACUUUGAACAUGCGCUACCUGGCAACAGCAAUCCACGGCAGUCUACUUUGUAUAUGCAAGGAUCAUCGCUGAAGAGCUGUAGGGUUACUGACUAAGUGCUCUCUUGUUUAGAGUGUUAUAGAUGUAUGCAAAGUGAUGUAACAGCCUUUAUAUUCAAGAGAUGGAGGCGGAAAGGUAGAAUACACACACACACACACACACACACACACACACAAACACACAUCAUUGAGUACUGAGAGUUUAAAGCUACAGUGCGUUAGAACAAAAACUUUUACCUUCUACAAAACCACAACAGGGAGGUAUCAAAUUUCAGGUGGCGUUUGAGGUUAUCCCGCCACAUUGUCAUAAAUUUGAUUUUGAUUGUAUUUUGGGGCAUUUUUAUCAUUACCACAUAUUUUUUUACAUUAUUUUUUUUUUUGAUUUGCAGCAGUAGCAGUUCUCAGCCACCGUAGCUUUUGACUCUGACGACAAUGUGUCUUCUUCAGUUUCAGAAAGAUGGAUACAACCUCCCAUCCCAUGAUGCCUUGUCAAAUAUUCUACCAAUCAACCACGUCAUUGUCAAGGGAGCCAAAACUGAGGGCCAGAGAAAAGCCAAACAGGAACAGAGGAGGAAGCCUGAAGGACCAGAAGCCACACAAACCAAUAAACCCAACAUAAACCACACCUACCAAGUACAUCAUCCACAUAAGCGGUAAUAUCACCACGUACACAAAGCAUGGAUAAAUUGUGAUGGUCAAUAGAUGAGUUACUUUUAUUGAAUGCAUCCAUGCCCUAGGCCUCCCCUGCAUAACUUUGAGGAUGACUCCUGCAUGGCAGAGAUCAGCAGACUUCAAACUAAGGUGAUGAAACCUCACUGACACACACACUCUUAUAGUCACAUGUAGUUGGGGAACAACAACAUGCAAAGACUGGUGUGAGGUGAAACAGAAAAUAGAUCUCUGACUGGUUUAAAUGUAGUGUAGUUGAGUUGCACCUCCGACAGGUGUCUAGGAUCAUGCUGACACCAUUCUUGUCAUUUUUCACUUGGAAAUUUGUGUUUGGUAGAGCUUUCUUUGUUGGCACAGUUCUUCUUGGCAAUAAUUCUUACAUAUACUGUUAGAAAGCCUGUUUACGUUCUUUUUAAAUGGUGCCACAUUUGAAAGAGACAUGCUUUGUGGGAUGAAAUCUUCUUUCAGCUAGUCAUUGUUAGAUAGUACUGUUCUUAUAUUUCUGACACUUAGUGAGACUGUUCACACCCAUCCUGCCUGCAGACCCCCCAGCAGAGACACCAUCUCAUCUUCAGUCAAGAUCGUCACCUUUCCCUGCCCUUUGCAUUAGAUGCUCAAUUUCCCCCUCCUAUCCCAUGGGAGUCACAAUCACACCAUACAAGAUUGGUAUCCCCCAUACUCCCCCUCCUUGAAAUGUAGUGCAACCCCACUCUCAAUCUCCAUCGGGUCUGUCUGUUCAAUACGUCUGUGAAGGACGACAAUAAGCCACAAUACCUAUAUGUCUUAAGCAGAGAAAUGUCUCAAAACGAGGCUCUGAAAUACUUUAAUUUCCGGAGAGCAGCUCUGAUGGAAACUUAGGUCAGCAAGAAUUUUUGACAGGGCAGCAAAAAUGUGACAAAAACAGGAAAGUGUUCAUUUAAUACAUUUUAAAGGAUCUGUUUUGAUAUUGCAAAACACUUUUGUUUGACGAAAGGUUAUUGUAGGGACACAAAUAUGUCAUGUUUUCAGCUUUAAUAUAGAGAACAGACUUUAACAGGGGGAAGGCAGCUUUGAUUGCUCAGUUAGGAUUCCCUACUUUAGGCUCCCAUGAAUGAAGUCAUUCACAGAAUAGGGUAUAACUGUAUUAUUGGUGUAUAAACUGUGUAAAGACCUUAUUAAAUCAAAUCACAGCAACUUCACCCUUGGUGGCAUGAUGUCCUCUUUCUGUCAGUAAUGGCCUGUUUCUCAUGUGCUUGUUCAAACUAGUAGAUAUAAAAUAUUCACAGAGAUACUGAGCCUCAUGUUAUACAGAACAUAUAUGUAUUUGUUGCUGGAGUCAUCUUAGAUCCUGUCGCUGUGAAGCCUAUAGAAAGGUCUUGUUUACUAUAACCUGGAGUUACAACUCUAAAGAGUGGAACUUAAGAGACAUCUGGUGGUCAUCCUGAGAACUGAAAACAGAUUUCAAAGAGUAUUUUCAUAAUCUUUGUCAUCAGUCUACCUGUCGGAAUUAUUAUUGACAAAACUAAGGGUUUCCUUUUAUCAUCUCUACACUCGGCACCAACCUUGAUGGCAUUCCUGACACUCAAAUUCACUAUUCCAAAGUAAAAUAAAGACAUUAAUUUAAGACACAUAUACUACUCAACACUUUGUACUGAAUGUCCCAUUUUCAUUGUUAUUUAAUAUAGUUCCUGAAAUCCCACAUGAGUCUUCUCUUCUGCUGGAUAGUCAUGAUGUUCUGAAUGAAAAGUACAAUUCAUGUUCAAGGUUUGAGUCCACACAAAACCAGCAAACUGCAACCCUAACCUGACCUUGUGGUUUAGUGAUUUAUUUAGAUACAAAUUUAUAUUUACAAAUGUAUGUCAAACAUGCUGAUUUUAGCGCCCUUUCUAUUUUCACAUCUCUUCAUAACAGGAGGUUGAAAACUACCGCUCAGCCAUGAGUAAGAUGGCGGAGGACAUCAUAGUGCUGAGGACACAGGUGGUAACGUUGGAGGCAGUGAACAACCAGCUCCGAAAUGACCUAUCUCUGCACCAGGACCUCAAGAAAGAUCUGCUGGAUGACUCAGACAUUGACUCAAUGACCAAGGCAGAAAUUUCUAAACAUAUAGGUUAGCCACGACAGAGUUUUAUGGAUACUUAAAAUACAUGAUCUGCUAUUUUCUGACUGUCCUAUGGGAGGCUGAAGCUAAACCUUGACAUCUUUUAGUCCACUUUAAGUUUAGCCAUUAAGUGAAAUUGUUUGUGUUCAAUCAUGGCAGGAAGCUGUUGUUGAGCCUUUAUUGCAUAUUAUUGUGACUUUAGGAUGUGUUUUUUCUUUUUUGGCAUAUAAAGCAGUGAUGAGGAAGGCAGCUUGCUAAUCCUUGUAAGUGCCUUUUCCCAGGCAGACAGUGACGUUUUAUGAUAAGACAGCUCAUUUGGGCCACAGACCAUGAUAAGCCGAGCGGGUGGUACAUCCCUUAUCUCCUGAAGGACAGUUUGUGACCCUCAGUGAAAGGAUGUCCCUGGUGGUCUGUCUGCUGGCAGCAAAGUAAAAGAACUGGAUUGAGUCCUGAGGAAAACUCAUUGGAUUUUAAAAAGUUUAACCCUUUCAGUGUGAAAACCUCUAAGAUAACGUGCUUUAUAUUCCAAAUUUGAAAAGGGACGGGAAUGUAGUUUUCUUUUACAGAGGAAAUGUGAUUUUCUCACCUUGUUGAAAAGUUAUUUUUGGUGUUGCAUAUUGCCAGAAAGCAGCCCAUCACCUGUAUUAAUAUGAAGAUUAAUGUCAUAUGUCCCCAUUGUCCUCUCGUUCUUUGAAGCUGCUCUGAAAUUCAAGCUUGCCACUGAGACCAAGACGGUGGCCUCUCAAAGAGACCGGAUCCAGCAGCUGCAGAACGACCUGAUCAAGGUUGGAAAGAACACGUCUCACAUUGCACAAAUUGAGAAUACGCAGGCAGUUUGAUUCAGAGGUCUAUCUUCUGUGUGUGUGUGUGUUGUGCAGAAAAAUGACAGUCAGAAAGAGCUGCUCAAGCUUCAGAGAGUCCACCAGCAGCAGCAUCAGGAUCUGCAGCGUCUCCAGAGUUGUUCAGCAAAGAUGGAGACUCUAGAGGCCACAGUAAAACAGCAGGAAAAGGUCUGCUAUCACUGGUAUCUAAACUUAUAAAAGGGAAUGAUGUUAUAUCCUCUCUACUUUUUUCAUCCCAAUCUUUCAGCUCAUUGAGAAGAUGGAGAAAGCUCUAGAUAAACAGAGUGGUGUGGUGAAAAAGCACAGAGGUAAGAGGACUCACAAUGUUUUUAAAACACAAUUUUAGAAGCUAAGACUUUUCUGCAAUGCUGUGUAGGUGAGACUGACAAAAGGGAGGAAGAGAAGGAGUCGGCCUUGACAGAAGAAAACAGACGGCUCAGAGAAGAGAUGGACAGGAUUCAUCAACACACUGACAUGGUUACAAUGAAGCAGUCAGAACAGGUACUUCAACAUGUUUCGGUCAUCCACACUGUAAAAGUAAAAAGUAUGAUCGAUGCCUUUUAUUUGAGGUUAUGGGUAUUUACUAAAAGAAUAAACACCUUGUGAAGAAACCCCUCUCAUGAAACCCUAAUCCCCCUACUCUCUUACAUAGCAUGUCCACUAGUGUCGUCCAACACCCAUGUAUGAAGUUAAGUGGGGAUAGAUGGCCGCCUUGAACCAGCAUAUCAGUGAGGUUACAACUCCCUUCGCUGGUCUUUCAUCAAGUUGGGCCCGUAUCAUCUCAGGGACACUUAGACUUAGACUCAGACUUGGACUUUCUUUAUUGUCAUUGCACAGAAUAAAACACAGCAGUGAUUCCUCUGUACAACUAAAUGUCGUUGCUCGGCUUCCAUAUCACAGCGUUUCUCCUGUGGUGUUGAAUUUGAUAUAAGAAAAAUAAAGACAAUUAAAACUAAGAGUAAAAUAGCAGCAUGGUGAGUAUUAUUGCACUUUCUGGAGGUAGACAUUUAACACUUUUUUACAGCCCUUGGUGCCACUUCUCUCUAUGCUACCUCUCACCUCCCACUAACACGACAAAAUUGAAAAUUAAAAAAAAAAAAAGCCAAAGCCUGUUAUGGGUAAGGAUAAGACUAUAUGUUCUACCUCCCCCUACUCAUAUAUAUAUUUAGGAGGAAAGAGAGAAAACAGGGGGAAACGUAGGUUGAGAGGUAUUCAGUAAGAAAGAGGGCAGGGAAGGAAAAGUCGGUAAUCAUUAUUUUUUGCUUAAAUUCAGUACUGCAGCUACAUGACUCUCAAGUUUCAUCGUAAUUAUAUGUGCAUUAUGUUCCAUUCAGACAAAAGACACACUGACGCCCGAUGAAAGACUGAUUUUACUUUACAAAGUAAACCAGGCCGAGGCAAGAGCUGAAACACUCCAGGCUCAGGUCAGAUCUGUAGCCCUGUGCUAUUCACUGUACAGUACAAUUUCAUCUUGAAUCACACAUACGUUUUUUUUAAUAAGAGCUUCAUUACAGCUGGAGGAGAGCUCAAAGCAAUGGGGGAGAGAGAAACAAGAAAUGCUGACCAGAUUGAGCGAGCACAGAUACGGCUUUGCACGGACGUCAACAACAAUCUUUCAUAACCACCCAUCAGUGAGUUAUGCACAGUUUUUAUAGGAAACAAAUUUUGAUAUUUCAUUUUAAUAUUGGAAAUAAUUUGACAUGAAAUUAUUCUGCUUCUUACAGACGUCCAUAUCAGCGUCAGCGGGGGAGCAGAAGCCCAUAAAAUGACCUGAUAAUGAAUCAGUGAGCCGCUGACCUUGACUGAACACAUUCACAACCACGCUCUUUGAUUUAUGUACCACUUCACAAGUGUUUAUUGACCAAGUCUUUCAAAUAAACACAUGUUUAAUAAAGUUACACAUCACAGAACAGAUAUUAAGCCACAUAGUUUUAUGAUACAAUAGUGUACAGAUUUCCAUUAUCACUGAAAUAACUCAUGAAGUAAUAUACAGCACAUUUAAUUUCUGUGUUUGCUAAUUGUGGAAUAAGUGAGGUAAUUUGUUAGCACACUUUCCUCUGUGAUGUUUUUUUCUUGGUCUUGAAGCGUGUCUAAGGUUGUGAGAUGUUUUUUGGUGCUGAGUUCACAUUGAGGAUAAUUUUCCCUGAGACUGGGUGUUACCGAUUGGUAUGAAGUGGCCUCAACGUCAAGAUGAUAGGCUUUUCUGGUAAUAGAAUAAGCUCAAAGGUACUCUGCACUUCCACAUGGCGCUGUUUCUCCACUUUGAAGUUCUCAAGCAUCUGCAAAGACAGGAAAAAACGCACACAGUCAAAAUGAAGCUAAAAACACCACAAAAGUACAAGGCAGCGCCUUUGCUUUUUAUGGCAUGUCUCACAUGGAUGAGGAAGAUUUGCAUUUCUGUCUCAGCUAUCCUGCGUCCUAGACACUGGCGAGGGCCGAAACCGAAGCCCAGGCUCCUGAAGUAGUGCGUCUCUGUCCUCAGCCAGCGGGAAGGCUGAUACUGCUCCGGAUGAAAAAACACUUUGGGGUCUCUGCCCAUUGCAUACAGUCCCAACUGUACGAGGGUCUAAAAGUAAACACAUGAAAAGGUGAGCCAUGAACACUUGCCUAAAACAGUUUUCUGGGGCUUAUAAAAAAAAACUUUAGGUAACACUUUACUUGACACCUCUCUCUAUAACACAUUAUAAAUAUAUGUAUAAUGCGUUAUAAUCAUGUUAUAGCACUGUAGUUAUAAACUUAUAUAACUAUAAUUACAAACACGCAUUAAUUAUCGUAAGGCUUUAUAACAAUAAGCAUCACACAUAAUACCUGACCUUGUAAGUCAUGAUAAAAUGCUUUUUAAUGUGUUAUGAUUGUUACUAUAAAGCAUUAUGAUCAUUUAUUAGUGUUAAUAACUAUUGUAACACAGUGCUAUAACCUGAUUAUAAUGCAUUAUAAAUAUAUUUAUAAUGCGUUAAAGAGAUAGGCGUCAAGUAAAAUGUUACCAAACUUAAAUAUAAACCAUCAUGAGACGAUUCAGACUUUAAAAAGCCUCUCACCCCUGAUGGGAUGUGGUAAUUUUGAAUGAUGAUAUCCUCUGCAAUGUAUCUUUGCAAGCUCACUGCAACAGGAUGUAACCUGAGAGAUAAAAAUGAAAAUUCAGUUUUAAAUUGAAGCUUGUUAACUAGGGUGGAUAUGUUACAGAACUGCACAGGAUCAGAAGAGUACAAAACUGCUGAAUUUGAUUUCAACAUAAUUUAGUCUUGGAGCGAUCAUUUUAUCUCUUGGAACAUCAUCUUUUCACCUGAGUGUCUCUUUCAAAGCUCCUUUCACUAGUGGUAUCCGCUUCAACAUCUCCAGCAUGUCUCCUUGACUCUCAGCCCGAGCUGCAGCCACCUCUGCCCUCAGUUCCUCCUGAAGGUUGGGGUGUCUAGCUAAUUCAUACAAUGUCCACAGCAGUGUAAUGGAAGUCUGAAACACAUAAAAGAGGAUUAGGCAGACUGAGGAAAGCAGUGAGAAGGUAUUUCACAUAUUUGAUCUUGAAGUUAGAUUUCUCACUGUAUCUACUCCUCCAGCCAUGAGCUCAGUGAUGCUGGCUUUGAUGUCUUCAAUUGAUAACUUGUCCAGCAUGAGCAGACUAGCAAGGACUCCUGGGUAGUUCCUUGGAGGGCCUGUCUCUUUCUCCUUGCGAAGCUGCCUGUAGAUGUUCUGGAUGCAGCGAUCAGCUAAAAGAAUGUAAAUGACAAUAAGACAUCCACUGAAACUUUUAAGGAACAAAAACCAAGAAAUUUAAGAAACCAGCUAAAAAAAACUCAAUACUAAUUUUAUCGGUCCUACCUUGGUUAAAUAUCCCGUCCCAGGCCUCGACAUGGUCGCGCCAAAUCUUUGAACCCAUCUGCUUCAACAGAGCAGGAGGUAUGUAGAGCAUGGGAGAGGUAGUCUUAAACAUAACGGUGAUGCAGUCAAUGAAAUGUUGGGCUUCAGGGUCAAUGUAGUCCAGCAUCAAACCCAGACGCUCUCCAUAAAGCACUGAACUCACCGCUGUGCAAACACAAGACAUAAACAAACAAUAUAUCAGAGAAAAGCUGCUGUAGUGUACAAAGUUAGUGAGAUAAAUAACUAACACUUGAAGACCAAGUAGAGAUAAACCAUGUCUCACACUCUAGUGCAUAUUUAAAGAGUUCUUGAGAGAGGUCGGUGGUCCAUUUGUUCUGCCCGCUUCGCUCAAUCUUUUUGUGAACUCUAGCCACAAAAUCCUCCCCCACUUCCUCCAGCAGAGGCACAAAGUUUUCCUGCACCUUUGGAGAAAUCACUUCUUUGUUGAGAAUGACACGGUUUGUUCUCCACUCUUCUCCAUUCCUGUGGGAAUAAUGAAUUACUCAAACUAGCAAGACUUUAAAUGAAAUAUUGACUGUAUCACAUCUACACCACAGUACAGUGGGGGUAAUAAUAACAGCACAUACUUGAGUAAAACUCCAUAUUUGCGGUUCCUGUAGUCUCUGUAUGAUGUCCAUGCUUCAACUUUCAGCCUUUUAGGAUAAUGGCCCUCUGCUUUGAACAGGAUUGCGGCAUCUUCAGGAUUGAUGAUAUUUACACUUUCAUAAUAACCUAUUUUUUCUCUGACAUACAGGGUCAGAGUGAGACGAAGUGGGAGGGAGAAAGGAGUGAAAAUCUUUAAUCAGCUUGUUGUUCUUAUAGAGGAUGACCUUGGGGCAUCAGAAAACCUUUUCAUAAAUGAAAAUAUUUUGACAAAAAUAUGUUUGCAAUCGUGACAUGAUUAUCUGUUUUGCCUACUGUUGUGCAUGUUGUUUACCUCAAGGGAAAAAUAGUGCAGCACAGGUCUAUUUUACUUUUCUUCAUACCUGUAAAUGGGUCCAAAAGUGUUGAAGUUCUGCAACAUGAUGCGAUGAAGAUUUUUGAAGCCAUCCAGUUUCCAGAAAUUGUACAGGUUGGCCACCCCAUUUUUCCAAAGUCCAGGAAUCUCAUUGAAAGGUCGAACAAUGCUGCUGCUGCUCUCUGAAAAUGCUUGUCGGAUCACCGGCAUACUGCUGCUGCAGCGCACCCCGGUUGUAGUCAGCUCAUCCGUCCAGGACAGAGGCAGCAUCACAGGGCCGCGGCACACUCUCCAUUUCGCCAUCAUAACAAGAAAAUCACACUUUGCCACUCCAAAACUACUACAAGUACUGUGACUCUUCCAGUGACAACUGGUGCAAUGGAAGGAGGCUGGUCUAAAUAGUCAGCCCCCUGUGUCUUUGCUCAUCAAGGCUGUUCAGCUGAACCCUGCACACUAACAGAAUAAACCACAGAACAGUGUGUUCAGGUCAGGAUACUUACUGAAUAUUUUAAACACUGCAGUAACCUCUCUAUAAAACUUGUUCCUCUGAAACUAGUCAGGCUAUUCUACUGAGCAAUAGACGACUAUUAGAUAUCAAAUUUUAUUUUAGAACUAAUUUCAACCAUCUAGAUUCUGUAUAUUUUCAGAUGGUAAUGUAUUUCAAGCCAUUAUUCGAUGACUAGUAAUUUCAAAAAGCAACUGUGAGUUGCAUAACUGAUCUCCAAGUACUCAACCAAAAUAAUUAUGAUAGCCGUUGAGCAAUAUAGAGUGUAGUAUAGAUAUAGCCCAUAUUUAGACUUGGUCUAAAUUUAGAUGUCUAUAAAUCUUUCAUAUUUAGACCUGUGGUAGCCUGAUUUUAGACCAGUCACCUAGGCAUCAUUCAGACGUCUAUUAGACUUCUUAAAGACCAAAAAAUGCUCAGUGGGAUGCUAAUGACAAAUAAUGGGCUAUUGGCUUGAAAAACAAAUUGCUUUGAUACAUGGAAGAUCAGAAAAAACAUGAUCAAACUUUAGUUCAAAAAUCAUAAUCACUUGAGGGAAAAAAAUGAAGACACAAAUUCUUGAUUUUCUCAGAUUUUAUACCAACAAUGAUUUCACCUCUGUUUAUUCCACUGUAAUGUUUUCACAGCAGUUUUAUCAGUCAGACAUGUCAAUUUAAAACAAAAACAACAUGUUUAAUCAGUUCAGUGCUUAUCAAAGUGAGGAGUUUCCACAAUGAGCCCCGGUAGCUCCUACUUUUUGUAAUGUUAAAUAUAAGAGUCCGAAAAUGAAGCAGAAAUCAAACUUAUAAACCAGACACUGCAUCAAACCAUAACUUUCUAUUCUUUCAAACAGGAUAUACAUGAAAAAACAUGGACUUUACAGUUAAAGGCUUUAAUAAAUACAUUUAAAAAUG